CUGAAAACUACUCCCUUCUGGCGGGCAGGGAGCGUUUGCAAACUCCUGCACGCGAGGGUGGGGCAGACCCGGCGACGCUUCGCCCGACCCCCCGGGGAAGCGCGCGCGCGCGCGCAGGGCUUUGCUUCUCCCUGUUUUUAACGACGACCCCCUAAUUAGCGCCUUUUCCUCCGCCCCGUGGAGGAGGAGGAGGGGAGCCACGUGCGGACGCGCAGGUAUAAGUUUCCCGCGUGCAGCGCUCGCGCGGGGUUUCCGAGCGGGUUGCCUUGGGAUGGCUUUUACGGUCCCGGUGAGUCCGAGGCUGGACCGAGACGGGCGCGGGGAAAAGGAGGAGGGCGAAGCAACGGCGAGAGGCUCAAAGCGGGGAUUGCAAAACCCCCUCGGUGACCGCGGCGGGUGGGCAGAGGGCUGCGGAGGGCGGGGGCCCCCCAGGGCUUUGCAACGCGGGAAGACGCGGCCUCGUAGCCUGCCUAGGAAGGGGGUGGCCGGGCGGGUCUGGCUUCGCCAGCGUUCUCACGUGCUCGAGCCGCGCGCGGCUUCUGGCUCUCCGCGCCACCCGAGUGCAGGUGUUUCGUUUCGGUUUGGGAGUCGCCCAGAGAUAGUCGCCCUGGGAACCCUUAGCGGGGCGCGGCGGCGUUCACACGACCUUCAGCGUGAAUAUUGACUAUUAUCGUAAGCAAAUAAAAGGGCCGUAUAGAGGGGAACGCAUAGGGGCGGCAACACUCCCUCUCGUCUCCGCUCCCCUACUUCGGUUUGUGUACUAAUGGGCUUUGCUUUCUAAGAAGCGAAGUUGCUCUUAAUUCCGAUGAACAUGGGCGUGGAGUUACCUCCCUUCUUUCUUGUGCGCAUCUGUGCCUGUCUGCAUUUCCCCCGUUGGUUUCGUUUUUCUCUAGCUGGCUCUCCGCUUCUCUUGCCCCACCCGCUUUUCUGUUUCCCAAACCCCCAGCCGUCCCCCCCCCCUUUAGGCUACAAUCCUAACCCCAGUUACCUAGGAGUAAGCCCCAUUUAAUUCAGCAGGACUUACUUCUGAGUAGGCGUCGCUAGGCGCACGCUACUAGUUUGCAAACCUGUGUACAAAUGACUGGGAAUACGGGCCAUUGAACUCGGUGGGACCCCCCCCCCUUUAGGCUACAAUCCUAACCCGUUACCUAGGAGUAAGCCCCAUUUAAUUCAGCAGGACUUACUUCUGAGUAGGCGUCGCUAGGCGCACGCUACUAGAUUGCAAACCUGUGUGCAAAUGACUGGGAAUACGGGCCAUUGAACUAGGUGGGACUCCAGUGGAAAGUCUUCGCACGUGCAAUAAGUUGCACAUCUUUCCUCCCCAUUUUCUGCUUCUUUCGCUACAAAAGUUUUUAAACAGCAAAAUGAUAAAAAUGGUGGUAUUGCUUGUAUGGGUUCUGGCCAGGGCUAUUAUAGAAAAAGCGGUGCCGGGACUCAACAUGAACGCUUCCUUUGUUCUCUUAUAAUGGUAAUGGGGCUCACCUGAGAGGCGCUGGAGCUGAGCUCUUGUGAAAUGCUGCCGGGAAAAAGCCCUGGUUCUGACCCACUAAAUGAAAUCUGCUUGGCUUUUCGGUUAUUUGAUCCUGUGUUUUGUGGGGGAGGGCUUGCUUUCCUUUGAAGUACUUUUUUAUCCAACGCUCACAGUUUCAGUUUGCACCAUGGUGGGAAAAAAUACCUUUUCUGCUAGUAGACAAAGAAUAAGUUCCUUGGAGGUGAGUUAGUGGACGCUAAGUCUAGAAAUUCUGAGAUAGCUCAAACUUCCCCGCAAAGAGAAGGGACUUCUAAAGCACGUUUGAGGCACGUUCUUUGCCUCAAAGGAUUCUGGGCACUGUAGUUUUAGGGUUGUUGGAAAUUGCAACUGGAGAGGAUACUUGAAUUGAUAGUGCAUAAAUAAAUUGCUUGUGUACUGCAUAUGAAACUUAAUAAGAAUGUACCACUGUACAGGUUUCUUUAAAAAAAAAAAAAAAGGCUGGAUAGCUUAACUGAUUUUGUAUUUCAUUGUUGGCCCUAAACGUCAGGAACAGGGGUGGUGGAGUCAGGAAUAAUACUUGCUAGAUGGUGUUAUCCUCAGUCAAUUGCCUGAAACUCAGUUGUAUUCAUUAGCUGUUGACUCUAGAAGGGCUGUUUGUGGUGUGUUCUCUGAUAGUACAGAUAUUUUAAAGACUGUGCUGUGUUCAGGUUUUUUCCUUGCUGGUGGUUGUGCUGCUUGCUGAUUACCACACAGUAGCUGCAGCAGUGUGUUCUAGGAGAAGCUGGAAUUCAACAUUGCUGAGUCCUGAUUUCAUUAAGCGUUCUCGUCCUCAUGGUGCAGAAAGCUUUGGAGACUCAAGCACAGAGUCUCAGAAGUUAAGAAACCGUUGCAAGAGUUAUGGGGUGCGAGUUUAGAUCUGCAGCCACUGCUUUAUUAAUAUGCUGCACUUUAAGCAGUCAAGCCCCGAUCCCCAUGUCUCCAGGUCUGGUCUUGGCAAUAUCUGAAAACAUACAUUUGUGUGCCUGUGUUGGUGUGUGGAGGAUGCAGCCUUGAGCAGGCACAGUUGGUGGAAUAGAGGACACUGGAAUCAUUUGAUUAAUGGUAUGAAAAGACUACAUUGACAGGAAGCGAAAAUGACCCUAGCUCUGAAUCACCCACUCACACAAACUUGGAAAUGCUAAUUUGAGAGUAUGCUAAGUAUUUGGUUUAUUACCAUUGUGUGGUGCAAAUAGUUGAUUCCAAAGGUGUUGUGGCUGACUCCUUAAGCACAUUCUGAAAGCGUUCAGUUAAAAUUUGUUGCUUGUAGCAUCACUUUCAUUAUGUCGUUCCAAGAUGGUUAAUCUAUUUCAACCCAAGCAUUACAUACCCUUUGAGGGUGGUGGGAGAAGCCUAGCGGCAGGCAGAGCUGGAGGCAAAAGUGGUCAAAGCAAAGAUUAAGAGCCAGUGUGGUGUAGUUGUUAAGAGUGGUAGACUCGUAAUUUAGUUUCAUGUCUCCGCUCCUCCACAUGCAGCUGCUGGGUGACCUUGGGCUAGUCACACUUCUUUGAAGUCUCCCAGCUCCACUCGCAUCACAGAAUUUGUUCUGGGGGAGGAAGGGAAAGGAGAAUGUUAGCCGCUUUGAGACUCCUUCAGGUAGUGAUAAAGCGGGAUAUCAAAUCCAAACUCUUCUUAAGAAUCCUGCCUUUGUACAGUAGGCUAUAUUCCAGCCAUAGAAAAGUCAAAAGGUGCCUUUCUGUGUUCACACCUCUCUAUUCAGGCAGGCAAGAGGCAGGGUGGCAGUUCAAGGAUAACCUUUGUCAGACAAAAGCACUUGAGGAUGUUGUGUGAAGCUGGUGACUGGUACAGGGCAGAGAGUCUUGGAGCUUGUCUGCAGCGGAGUUUUAUUGUGUGUUUGCAGUUGUUUGUGUUUCCAUUUAAUUUGCAUAGUCCCCAUGGUGUUACUCUCAAACAACAGUCUCAAUGCCUUUCCACUGUAACAGCUUCACACCUAGAUUUUUCCGUAACAAGGGAUAACUCAGUACAGUACAGGGAUAAUCUGAUAAAUUGGGCUCCAGUUCUCUCCAUUUAGGCUUGCAGAUUGUUUCAGUGUUUUGGGGUGGGGUGGAUCCAUUGUCACAUUCUGGUACUUCCUAUUUCCACACUUAGUACUUCCUCAAUGCUCUCAUUCCUUUUCCAGCCAUUCUGGUACCUAUUUCCUGUGCAUUCCUUAAUGGAGCAAUACAGUGGUGCCUUGCAAGACGAAAAUAAUCCGUUCCGCGAGUCUCUUUGUCUAGCGGUUUUUUCGUCUUGCGAAGCAACCCUCUUAGCGGAUUAGCGCUAUUAGCGGUUUAGCGGCUAUUAAAGGCUUAGCGGCUAAAAGGCUAUUAGCGGCUUAGCGGCUUAGAAAAAGGGGGGGGAGCGAAAAAAAUCGCAAGACGUUUUCAUCUUGCGAAGCAAGCCCAUAGGGAAAUUCGUCUUGCGAAGCGCAUCGAAAAAUGGAAAACCCUUUCGUCUAGCGGGUUUUUCGUCUUGCGAGGCAUUCGUCUUGCGGGGCACCACUGUAUUUCCCUCCCCUUGAUCCCAAACACUUGUACCAAAACCAGAAAACUGCACAAGCAAACCAAAUUCAAAAAUUCUGCCUUGGAUAUUGCACAUUCUGGCCCUUGAAUGAGUACAAAACCAGAAAACUGCAAAAAUGUAUGCUGAGAAUUUACAGUUGCCUGUGUGCUUUUGUGCAGUUCCUGGGUAGAGAUUAAAAGAAGGAAUUGAGGUAUGUAUACAGCUAUCUUUAUUCCUGCACUGUCAGUACUUAAUUUGCAUAGAAUCAACACACCAAAGCCAGGGGCAACACACAAAAGGGAGCAUCUACUAUUAUGAAUGGGAAAGACCACAAAGUUGCUCCUUGUACACUACUCUUUCCCCUCCAUUCAAAUUACACCAGAGUAGUCCAAAUGUGAACAAGCACGCAAUGACCAAAUGGAGAGGCAUGGAGGACUGCAUUCAGGCUCUCUGACCUAAGGUCCCCCUCCCUUCUGUGGUGCUAAUAUGGUCGCUUUUGUUUCCAGAAGGACAGUACUGGAAGGACCAUAAAAGAUUGCUGGGACAACUCUGACGUUCCGGCUUUGACCACGUGCAGCAACGCAAAGAUUUUCCGACAAAUAAACGGCAUGCUGGGGAACUCACUUGACUUCAAGGGAGUCUGCACAACACCCAUUGCAAAAGAAAGAGAUCUAUUAUCAGGUGACUUAAUGAGUUGAUUAUAAUAUUUUAAAAUAUGGGGCGUGUUAGUCUGCAGGCUUCUAUGGAGUUGUAAUAUUUACAGUCAAUGUGUGAGUUUCCUUGAUGGUUUAAAUAGCUAGCAAAUAAGUUGGUAGCAAGGUGUGCGAUCAGGAGGAACAGCUGGCAGAGUCAGAUGAGGAUUAUAUUCCUGAUACUGUGGGUAAACUUCAAGUUCCCAAGCACACCUGUUCCCUACUUUCUGCUGCAUGACCAGACCCAUUCCAUAGGUAAAGACUGUUGUAUUAAAACACAAGCCAAAGUGCACCAUCAUUAAAAUAAAACAAAUGCUACUACCCAAUGCUUCUAAAUGGUUAAAAAUUGGCCCUGUCUGAUGAGGUUGGAAAGCACACAUUUGUUUUCAUUUUGUGCUUGUAAUGAGCAGUGCAAAAAAUAAAUCAGAAUUGCAGGCAUAAAUAGUUUUUGUAAAAUUAGAAAAGCUUCAGUUUACAUUGUAGUUGUGUAGCCGAAGUGCUCUUUUUCUUGAAUGUGCCAGUAGAUAACAGGCAAGUCAGUGUUAAAUUAGUCGUAAAUUAGUCCUUAAAUCUACAGAUAGCUAAUCCAAAGACAGUGACCAAGCCUAUGAAAAUGAUCUGAGUCUUGUUCUGCAGCCUUGAGGAUUUGGAUGCAGGAAGCAGCCAGGGAUUUAUAAAUCUCCCAAAGCUCGAGCCCAAAGUUGGUAAUAGUAUUUAGAGAGAAACAAAAUGCUCCACAAGUAGUUAAAUAUAUGUAAGCUGUACCCUGGGUGCUCAUUUAGAUAAAAUCCCCCAUCCUCGCUGUAUAAGUACAGUGGUACCUCGCAAGACGAAUGCCUCGCAAGACGAAAAACGCGCAAGACGAAAGAGUUUUCCGUUUUUUGAGUCGUUCCGCAAGACGAAUUUCCCUAUGGGCUUGCUUCGCAAGACGAAACGUCUUGCGAGUUUGUUUCCUUUUUCUUAAAGCCGCUAAGCCGUUAAUAGCCGCUAAACUGCUAAUAGCCGUGCUUCGCAAGACGAAGAGACUCGCGGAACGGAUUAAUUUCGUCUUGCGAGGCACCACUGUAAAGCAAUUAGCAAUUAUGUUAUUUUUAUCAGAAAUAACUAUGAUCUCUACCUGCAUUAUGUUUGGGGGAAAUGGAGGCAGUGGACCUUCUUGGGUCCACAUGUUAGAUAAUAAAUAUCCAGAUGGCUGUGAAUUAUCCAUAGCAAAUCCUGUUUUAGGACACAGAUAAUGGACUGUGUGCUGUUUAGGUCCUUUUGAUUUGGCAAUUAUUUGCAUUUAAUCUGCACGCAAGUACCAGGCCACUUCAACAGGAGGGUGGGGAAGCCCACCUGUUCAUUAGCUGAUGUCACUGCAAUGCCAGGUGAACUGUUUUCUUUCCCCAAGUUUAUAUAUAGUACUUCUGCUGUAUGCCGGCUCCCUCGGCCAAUAAAGCGAGAUGAGCGCCACAACCCCAGAGUCAUUUGCGACUGGACCUAACGGUCAGGGGUCCCCUUACCUUUACCUUUACCUUCUGCCCAAGUGGGUUGAAAUCAAACCAUGCUGGCAAAGGAAAUGUUUCCCUGUAGGGCUUGCUUUUGGCACCCAUCUUCUGAUUGAUGCUGACAGCAUGCCCUACCUCUGGCAGGGAUUGGCUGCAUAUGGGUUUCUGAUCAGGAUUUCUGUAAUGCAGUAGAAUUCUGGUAAGCUUAUUGGCACUUAACAGCAACACUCACUCACCAAGGAUCAAUUUAGAGUGUACUUAGAGUUCAUGGUUGUUUCUUUUUAGUCAUGGCUUUCCCUGCUCCACACUUGAUGUAACACAUGAUUUCAGGUGUGAAUGGUUUGGAAAAAAAGAAAGCCUGCCUUGGUGACCAGAUUAGGAUGCCUUCUAAUAUGCUUUUUUGUUUUUUCACCCUUUUUUUUUUUUUGCUGCUCUGGGCUCCUGUGGGAAGAAGGGUGGGAUAUAAACUUAAAUAAAAUAAAUAAUAAUUUGGCCCAUGGGCCAAAGGUUCUUCACUGCUGCAAGACAGAACAAAAAACCCACAUAGAAAGAGAGAAUAGAUGGGUUCUUUCCAGCACUCAAGGCCCUACCUUUUCAGAGCAUUCAUUACGUAUCAGAUUUUAUGGGGCUGUAUGGAUUUGUUGUUGGGUCAGCCUUAACCUUGAAACACGUAACCAUAAUAUGUGAAUGAUCUCUUUUAACUAAUGUUGGUGGCAUUAUGCGCACAUAGAACUGUAGCCCGCCACCAUGCAGGUGGUGGUAAACUCUUAUCACACACCCACAGUAGUCAUUUGCGUGCAGUUUUUUGACCUUGAGAAGUUAAGCUUUAAAGUGCAUUCGUCCGAAAAUGCUGUUCCUGGGUCAGUAAAACUGUUGAUGGAGCCUUAAAUCUCUGCCCGUAGCCAUCUCCAGACCCUUUUGAUGAAAGUUAAAUUCAGAUUGUGCAAUCCAGACCUGGGCUAACAAGGUCUUUUGAAUAUUUUAAGAGGAUUACUUCUUGGGAGGUUGAACAACCGCUUUGCAGGAGCUGAGCCUUCUUUCAUAAAAUGAAGCAUUUGACUGGUUCUGCUCAGGCGGCAUCUCAUCAAGCAUGUGGGCAUGACUUGGUGAAAUUUAUUGGCUGCAUCUACCCACUGUUUCCAGUCAUACUAAUUGCUAAUCCCAGUGGCACUGCCUUCUCUGCCAUGAGCCUCUGAAGGAUUUAUAACCUGGCAUCAUUCUCAUAGCAAUAUCACUUGAUCUCCUGCAGACACCUGGGGAAUACCAUCUGCUCCUGUUGAUGUAAAUGCUUAUAGGACUAUUCAAACUGCAAUCUGAAAAUCGUAGAGGUGGGCAGGGGUUGCUUCCAAAGCUCAUACCAGGUUAAUUUCUAAGAGAGCCUCUCCCCUAGAUCUUGACUCCUUUAAAGAGACCAUCGUGUUUUAGGCAGGCUGAAAAUGAGCAUGGCAAGUGGACCCCUUAGCCCAAGUGGACAUCUCAGCCCACAAACAGCCACUAAGCAACCAUGGGAUAUCACAAAAACAUAGUUUUAAAGUUACAAGAAGAAGCCUGGUUUCCUGUAGACUGGCAUGCUGUCCUCCCUGCAUCCUUCUGUGGUACUGCACAGGAAUCAUAGAAUUGGAAGGGCUUGAACCCACAACCCUGAAAUUAAAAGUCUCAUGCUCUACCAACAGCAGCUUGUUUUAGAAUAAUUGGUUUGCUGUGUUUUGAAUAACUGGUGUUUGUCCAGGUUUUCAUAACUAUGGACAGUGGAAAACAUAGACCUUUUGGGAAGCGAAGUGCUCAAACAUAAAGUAGCAGCCGCGGGGAACCAGGUAGAGGGCCUUCUCAUAGUGGCACCCGCCCUGUGGAACGCCCUCCCAUCAGAUGUCAAAGAAAUAAACAACUAUCUGACGUUUAGAAGACAUCUGAAUGCAGCCCUGUUUAGGGAAGUUUUUAAUGCCUGAUGUUUUAAUGUAUUUUUAAUCUUUUAUUGAAAGUUGCCCAGAGUGGCUGGGGAAACCCAGCCAGAUGGGCGGGGUUUAAGUAAUAAAUUAUGAUUAUGAUUAUUACCUGUGCAAAUGCCUAGGUCUGUCCUCCAUCCUUUGGUGGAACAUGCUGAUUCCUUUGUAAGUGGAAAAACAAGGUGGCCCUUAUGAUGCCCAAAGUAAAUACGAAGUUUUAGGGUGAGUUCUGGGUUUAGAAAAAGUCAUAGAAUCCCAAUUUGGUAGCUUUACCUAGCUGAUUGAGAUGUUCCCUCAGCGAAUGAAGAUUGGGCUUUAUUCUCCAAGGGAAUAAGCUGGCACUUGUUAAAAAGAUUUAAGUUUUACUCCUUUCUGAGAAUAGUAUUAAUGCUUAACAGGAUUUCAGAUUGAAGGAUUAUUAUUUCCGCAAAGGAGAUCAUGUUGAGUGAGCAUUCAGAAAUACUGGUAUAUGCUUUGUUUCUCUGCAUUUUAAGGAAAUGGUUGUUCUUGAGAGUAUAGCUCUAGAAUAGGCUUGUAUAACACACUUGCAGUGUAGCACUUAUGUGUAGACAUAGUUCAAAAGGUUCCUGCCUGAAAGCAGCUAGUCUGUGGAAUAUACUGAACUCAGUGGGUCUUUGAGCAGACAUGCAUAGGAUUGCCCUGUAAGGCUAUUAACACAAACCUAACCUAACGUUGUAGGACGUAACCUAACGUUGUAGGAGAUUGCAGAGUUUAAAGGCUGCACAACAAAGGAAUCCAACACAGUUGUGAAACAGCUGUGCAGUCCAUUGCACAGCCAUCUUUGGUAGUGCAUGUAAUUUUUCCUUGUGCAACGACGUCCUGCCAGUGCAGCAAAUCUACCACUUAGCGACUUUCAUUUAGCAGUAGAUUUGAUACAGCCUGAAGACUUGCAAGUGAUAAAAUCAGACUACUGUGAACUGUGCAAAUGAUAUCGGUGCAAGUUUGCAUCAAUACUUUGCAGUUGUCAUAAUUCUGCAACCACAAGAAAGUUGGAAAGCCAUGUGAGGGCACCCAAGCCCUGCCUUUCACUCUUUUCCCAGGAAUAGUAUAAAUUUUAUUCAGCAUUCCCUCUGGCUCUGAGACUUCAGACAUUGCCCACACAUUCAAGAAUAUCUUGGCAACCAUGAGACUGCUGCUUUCUUGCUAAAAACUGAAACUCCUAGGAAACAGUUGUGUGCUGCCGUGGUGUUCUGUGGGUUUUCCCCCUGUGCCUGCAUGGACCUGCAGCAAACACACUACUAAGUCUAUUCUCUAGUUUUUAGGUAAUUACCAGUUUCACUCUCAAAUUUGGAGCCUUACGCUGAAGUUCCAUCAUGGACACAAAUUCUCCAAGUCAUGUUGAACGCUGGUCAGCCCAGUGCACCAUUUGUGGCAUCCUAAUACAGCCACAAAUGAUUUUUUUAAAAAUUAUACAGACUGUGAUCAGAUUCAGAUGUUCCUCUGAGCACUUUCACCUCUGGGCUGUGGUUUGGCGAAAUCACACGGCUAAAUAUUGCCCGCCAGGGUGUGGGGACUUUAUACGGUCUGCCUUAUACCAUCUGCCCUUCCCAAGCAAUUUUCUCAUUUUAAACAUUGCUGUUGCAGCAUAUAGUUUAUUAGGCAUAUUCUAAACAUAGAUAACAAGGAAUUGUGUUCCCCUUUCUCCCUUCUGUAAGAAAUAUAUCAACCGAUAUUGCCCAUCAAAUGCCACUUUGUGCAGAUUUUUUAAAUAUUGUAUUUAGACCUCUGCUGUGUCUAAUAGAGAAUCAGUGUUCUGUGUUUGCAAUAAGCACUCUAAAGGCAUGUACAAUUCAGCCACUCAACUGAUCCAAGCCCCCCCCCAAAAUGUUUUGAUAAAAUUUCUACCCAGCUAGCAUGCAUGUUUAAGUCAUAGCUUUUAAAAUCCCAUGAGUUCCAGAAUAGGACUUCCUAGCCUAAAUUUGCAUUCACCUCUAUCCCAAAACUUUCAGAGCACAGUCUUUUUUAAAAAAAUGUAAAUAAUAUGCAAUCUGAUCCAUUUAGAGUAACAUCUCUCCAAUUUAAUCUUAGCCAACAAAUGACAACCUAAAUUGCAAGGCUUUAAAUAUUCUAUCAGUUUUUUUAAAAAAAACUUCUGAGGGGGAAGAGAAAAGAAUUCCACAGCUGUGGGAGACCAGCAAAAAAACACAGGACUAUUCUAAACUUAAUGUAAUCAGUUAUCAAUAGUUAACAAAGUUAUGCACGAAUAGUUAACUGUAAAUGUCAGGAAUACUGGGAUCCAGCAACCUUUGGUUUUCAUUUAGCAUCCUAAGGGCAACUCACUACCGUUGCAAAUUUCGUUUACAAUAAAACUCAAAACAAGUGUAAUACAGCUUAAUUUUUCAAAACAUGAGUUGUGGUUAUGAUGCAAGGCAGCGAAUGCCUUAUCCCUAAAUUGGAGGGAUCCUUUUGUGUGUAGAGAAUCUUGCUGGGCUGGAGAGGAAGGAUUUUAUCAGGCGAUAAUGCAUAAAAUGCAAGCUGCCUACUACAUAAGUGUGGUGUUGACUUCAUGUAAUACUUAAUCAUGAAAAAUGAUAAAUGGUUGGUUUAUUGAUAACUGACUGUCUCCCUCUCACCCCCCCCCCCAAAAAAACCUGGAUGAUUUCAACAAGAAGCUAAUUUUGCAUCCUCAAAGAUCCUCCUCCUUAUUCUGUACUAAAAAUGUAGCUGCUUUGUAAUUCACCUUUAGGGUUUUAGGCAUCAUGUCUGGUCUAAGUCGAGAAUGAAACUGCCAUUUCUUAGCAAUUCCAGAGGUUGGCACAGGUAGCUGUGCUCUUUGGUGUUUGUUCCAGCGGUUAAAUCUCAGGUGGGUGGCAGUGUGAGCAGGAUGUUACUGCUGGAACACCUUAUGACUAGAGCUUCAAAGGAGACAAGGUUCUCUGGUCUGGCUCCCACCCUGUUCUGCAUUAUGCUGGAAUUUGGAGACUUGCAAAACAUAACUGCGUUUUCCUCCUACAUCCCUGUGCCAUUUAUUUUGGAGAUUUUUUUUUAGAUGGGAAAGCAGUGUAGUGACAGGUUAUGCUUUGGGUGUGGCUGUCCCCCCCCUUCCAAAAUAGUUUUUUUAUAUUAUUAUUAAGGCAGGGGGGUGCUGACUUUAACCUUAGCACUGUUUAAACGUCAGGCUCUGUUACCACUACCCCUUAAGUGUGCAUGCACCUCCCAACGCGUAGCUCAGAAUCUUUCUUUUAUUUGAAGGUUACCCAUAGCGGUAAACAAUGCAGAGACUGUGAGGGCUCACGGCAGCCAAGUUUAAAGCAAACAGACGAUGCUAGCAGAAUUGUGAAGCUUUGCAUUUUGCUGCUUCCAGGGCUUGCGCCAGCAGCUGGAAACGUUCCAGGACGAAAGGGUUUUUUUGGGGUUGUGGGUGGGGAGGCGGGGCCAGGGGAGCUGGAGAGCACCAAGCCAACAGUGUGAUCUCUCUCUCUCUCACUCUCUCUCUCACACACACACACAAUCACUCUCUGCUGCUGUGCUGCUGCCUCUGCUGCUCUGCUUUAGCUGAGGGGGAUGGCUGCUGCCUCCAGCCACCUCCCCGCUCUAAGCUGAGCUACAGCUCCCUGUUUAACUGUGUCCGCUGGCCUCGCCUCUUCUCCCCUCCUGCAUGCUGCCUCGGCUCCCAUGGGCAGGCUCGCUCUCCACCUCUAUCAUGUAAGCGAAGAUGUGGCUAUAUUGCAUGGCCCAGUGACGUCUCUGGCAGAACGGUAAGCAUCAGCAGAGCCUGAUCACAUGCCGGCCCAGUCACUAGUGCCGGCGGGAUAGGAGGGUGGACGUGGGUCUGGGCGCAGGCCAUCUGGUGCUCUGCUCCUCUCCUCCCCGCCACCCCUCCAUGUCAUCACUAUCUGUAGAAAUAAUAGCUGCUGAAUAUCGUGAGAUCUGGUUUGGGCUUCUCCCUCUGCAAAACUCCUAAACUCCCGAGCUCGUGCGUGAGUGUAUUUUUAUUUGUGUGUAUUUUUCUUUCUUUCUUCCCCCUGUCUGAGCAGACUUCCAGGACUCCAAGGGAGUGGCAGCAAGCAGAAUGCUCUUCCCACCUUCUGUGCAGGAAGGUCCGCGUGGUCUCCCAGACACCACUGACCUGUGCCUUGGGCUGCAGUCUCUCAGCCAGCCAGGGUGGGACAGGCCAUGGAGCUCCCAGGAUUCGGAUGCUGCAGCCCAGCCUAGCCUGCAGUCUGGUGAGUGACUCUGCUGACGCACAGCAACAGUUGCCGGAUUGCCUUUUUUUGCAGCUUUGUCACCAAGAGAUGUUCCUGGCAUAACGGCAGGUUCUGAUUAUUCCCGACAGCUUCUUUCUUAACAUUAUUGUUGUUAUUGCUUUACUAAGGCACCCAUUCCCUCAAGAGUAAUGUUGGGGCGCUAAGUGAGACCUUUUGGGGAAGGGAAACUGUAGCUGCCCCCCUCCCCAAUUAAUAGAGAGCGAUAAGUGUCUUAACCUGAUACUGCAUUGAGAUUGCAAUGGUAAAUAUUGGGCGGGGGCAGUAGUAGUGUUUUCUGCGAUGCUCCUGUAGAGCCAGCUGGUUGGAGGACUAAAGUUGUGCUCCCCAAAGUGGCUUCGAAUCGUGGGCUGUUGUAAUAUUUUAGGCUGUUGCAACGUGGGUAGGUGAUGAUGGCAAGGAGUUUAAUUGUAUUUAUUUAGACUGUUGUUGUUUUUUACUGUGCUUUUCAACCCACCAGAAGUUCCCACAGCAAUUGAAGCUGCCCCCUGCAGGGGGUGUAGAAACAAAGGAAAGGAGCCUCAUUCAGACUCAUUAGCAGAUGCCCAAAUCUUGACUCUAGGCAGUGGGUGGUAGCUCUUCCUGGGUCAAGGGCCUGUGAGAGAUGCCUCUAUCCCUAUUGUGAGAUUACUGAUCUGUAUCUACCAGGUUAGGAUAGUAUCUCUGGUUGGAUGUGAUUGCACUAAACUCUCACAUUCCAUUAUCCUUUUGAAGUUUUCCUUCAUGGGGGAGCCAAGCAUUUGCACCUGUUUCUUCGAGUGUUGUCCUCUCCUACUGCAGAGUUUCUGUGAUUUGCCAGCCUGUGAUGAGUCAGGAAGAUGAAACUUUGGAGAAGCCAAGCUAAGUAAAAGAAACCCAAAAUAGUCUAGUCACUGCCCUCUGAAAACUAUUCUGCUUUUGCUCAGCUGGGCUUCUCAAAGUUUACAAUGAUACUCAGUACAGUUCUUUGAGAAUGUGUGUUGUAUUGGCUUUUGCAGAAGAAACCAAAACAUAUUUUUAUCCUGCUAAAGCCUUAGAAACUACCACUGGCUUUGACGGGUGGCAGGACAAAUCAGUGUGAUGUUUCGGCAGUAUUUUUGCUGGUCCUGUCAGGCUUUUGUAAAUGCUUUUGGCAUCAGCAUCUUAAAUAGCUUCUGAGCGGUUCUGCAAACUUCUAGCAAGAAUGGCUUAAGCAAAGGCUUGUAUGCCUCUCCUGCUCACGUAAUGGGGGUGGGUGGGGAACAGGUGGGUGUUCCCAGGAAGUGGGACGGGUGGGCUUGAAACCACAUGCAGAAGGCCCAUUUAUGUUAUUAGUCUCAAAUGCAAAAGUUGCCUGUCAGAGAAGUACUUUAGUUCCUUCACCAUUUUCAUUUUGGGCUGUGCUCAUUUUGGCAACAGAUGUGUUGCAUUAAUACAACUAGCUUCUGUAGGGAAACUAAUGCAGGGCUGCAUUAGUGGAAGAUGUUGGUUGCUCAGAGGACAUCUGCGCUACCAAACUGAUUCCCAAAGAGCCCUGUAAAUGCAGCCAUUAACUCUGCUGGGCAUAUAUUGUGCUUUUAACGGGCUUGCUUGUAUUGCAAUAGAAUAAUGGCCGCAGUGGGCUGGGGCAAGAGCUUGGUGCAGACAUCUUAAGGUGGGGCAGUAUUGGCACUUGCUCAACUGUAGCCGUCUGUAAAAAUUGUGUGUGCCACUUUGACAAUCUCUGCAGGGGAGGUGGGGACUGUGGUGAUUAAGGAAAUGAAGUGGUCUGCUGGAUGUACCCAAUGUCCCAUUAAAAGUGCAUAUAAUGCAAGUCGGGGAGGCAAUGUGUGAAGGGGUAACGUAUCAGUAAGGAUUUCCAGACAGUGUGCAUGUGAUCAUGAAGGCCUCAAAGAGGCCCAGCAUUAACCAGACAUGCCUAGGCAACUACCUGAACAAAGCGUGCUCCGUAACUUACUUCUGUACUGUAGACCUGCUGCACUAGACUCCAUUGUAUUGCAGCAAUAUAUGACUCCAGUACUUCUUAACUGCACUGCAACCAGCUGUAAGAUACUGCUGCAAAAAUAACUUCCCUCGGAUGGGAGCCCCGACAAGCAAAGCAAACCCCGCUUGAGUAUCUUUACAGUGAUGCAAAACUUGCUCAAAUUCUGCCCGUGGCAGAAGUCUGCUCUGAUACCCACAGUUUGCCCUGACCACAAAAGUUAAGAUUUCACCAACCUAGAUAACUGUUUCCAUUGACUAUGAGCGUGCAAUUUAGAGGCAUUCUUGCAAUGCAGAACGAUCCCAUUGGCAUUGGGAGCAUAUUUAUGAGACAUAGGGCAGAAAUAGCAUUGCAUAUGGGCCCAAGCGCCAGUUCAAUCUGGGCAUCAUGUGUUGUACAUGUGGGCACAGUAAAUUAACUGUUCAUUGAUCCCUGAAGUGUACAGCCCAGCUUUGUGACUCCUUCUCUACUCCCAUCCCUAAGACCAGGAGAUGUUCUGCAUAGGUCUGUGUUAGGAGUGCUACCAAUGAGCUAUGUAUAUAACCUGUUAAAUAAAUCCAUUAAGUUAACCAGUGUCACUGUAGAGCCUCAAUUUGUAGCUAAGGUUCAACAGACAAUAUGCAUAGCAAGAGAUUUUCAGACCAUACCCAAUGUGAGAAAAGUCAUAUUAGAAAUAGGACGAGUGGCAACACCCACACAUCUAUUAACCCACCUUGUUAAAGUAGAGGGCAGGGAUUGUAUAACAUUCAGGGUGUUCCAUCCUGUGUGUGUGUAAGCACUUAUUUUUCUUAAAAAAAACAGCCAGCCCCACAUUUCAUCCUACAAUAAGCAAUAAUUACAUAAACAUUCCAUAAUAAAAAGGGGGGAAAUUGAAAUCUACAUAGAGUUGGUAAAGCAUGAGACUCUUAAUCUCUGUGUUGUGGGUUCGAGUCCCAUGUUGGGUGAGAGAUUCCUGCACUGCAGGGGGCUGGACUAGAAUUCAGUGUUCCCCAACCUUGGGCCUCCAGCUGUUUUUGGACUACAAUUCCCAUCAUCCUUGACCACUGGUCUUGCUAGCGAGGGAUGAUGGGAGUUGUAGUCUAAAAACAGCUGGAGGCCCAAGGUUGGGGAACACUGGACUAGAUGAUCCUCGUUGUGCCUUCCAACUCUACAAUUCUGUGAUUCUGUAAAAUAAAACAUUAACGGAUAAAGAAGGGCAUUGGAUAUUUUGAGAAUCUUUCAGCAAAAGGGGACAGGUACUCUGGUGCAAAGCCUGACAGCAGGCCCAAGUUGGCAAUAUUGUGUGCCUUGUGGUGCAUGCAGCUACAUUAACUCCUCUGCAAAAACUGAACUAUGGGUGUGUUGUCGUCUCGUGGUCUUAAGUCAGCUCUGAAUCACAUACCACUUUGAUUCUCAAUCCAAGCACAGAAUUGUGCUUGAGCUGGGUGGCCUUCCCACCACCACCUUCAGCAAAAAAAAGUGUUGGCAGUGGCUGAACAGCAAGGAAGCAGCAGUGGGUGUCUGCGUUCCCAUGCAAAACUCUGCCAUUGCAUGUUCACUGUUCUAGCCUCCCUUGCCCCUUACUGUUUCUUCUGCUUUGCAAUGACACUGCAGAGCCAGAGGAACAGCAGACGAGAGCUGAUUUUGCCUAUGUAUGGAAAAGCCUGUUUUGGAGAAGGAGUUCAAAAUUUAAAACUGUGAAACAUAGGAAGCGACUUUAUACUGAGUCAUACUGUUGGUCCACGCGGUUUAGUAUUCUCUGCAUGGGCUGGCAUUGGUUCUCCAGGGUUCCAGACAGGUUUUUAAAAAGCAAGUAGCAAUGUAGAUGGCCUUCCCAAGUGCAUCAUUCAGCAAAGGAAGAAAUCUCCUUCAGUUGACUGCUUUAGUAAGCGAAGACUGGAUGCUUUGUCGAGAGUCAGAUUUCCAGCAGGCAAAUUUCCUUCGCCAUGUCUUGGUGCAGCAGCUGGCAUCUUGGCAAAGUGCUGGACACCAGGACUGCAGCAUUGCCCAGAUUUGUCUCAAGGCCCCAGCCUGUAGGUUGGGAGGGACAAGCCCUGCCAAGUACCAGGCUUUUCUGUUGGUUCUGAGCAGUUUAGAAGCUUCUAUAAUGACUCAGCUGUACAAAUCUACAGGGAGCUGGCUGAAAGUGCAAAAAGUUCGCAAUCAUGCUAAAAAUACUAUUGCUGAUCUGCACUCUUGAAGUGCCAGUGUUUGACUACUGAUGAGUUCUGUAUCCAAGCAUUUACUUACUGCUGUGAUUCCUUUAAAUCGGCUUGCAGCUCCUCUGUGACUCGCUCUCACCAUCCAGAGUGGUAAAGGCUGUGUGAUCUGUAGCUUUAUUAUGCAUUGCUUACAGCGGUGCUGCUUUCAUUGAAGUAUAUAGUCCACAGCCUUCUAUUUCACCAGGUAUAGAAAGUGAUUCCUCUGUUGCAGAUUUGUCAGCUGGGCUUUGUGACCACCUUUCUCUGGUAUAUUUAGUUGCAGGGAAUGGCACAUAGUAAAGGGACGUCUGACCGUUAAGUCCAGUCGCGGACGACUCUGGGGUUGUGGCGCUCAUCUCGCUUUACUGUCCGCAGACAGCAUCCAGGUCAUGUGGCCAGCAUGACUAAGCCGCUUCUGGCAAACCAGAGCAGCGCACGGAAACGCUGUUUACCUUCCCGUCGGAGCGGUACCUAUUUAUCAACUUGCACUAGCAUGCUUUCGAACUGCUAGGUUGGCAGGAGCAGGGACCAAGCAACGGGAGCUCAUCCCAUCAUGGGGAUUCGAACCACCGACCUUCUGAUCGGCAAGCCCUAGGCUCUGUGGUUUAGACCACAGCGCCACCCACGUCCUGGAACUGUACUGAACUGUGCUGGAAGCCUAUGGUUUAAAUCAGUGUUUUCCUAACUUUGGUCUCUAGCUGUUUUUGGACUGCAAUUCCCAUCAUCCCUGACCACUGGUCUUGCUAGCUAGGGCUGAUGGGAGUUGUAGUCCAAAAACAGCUGGAGACCCAAGUUUGGGAAACACUGGUUUAAGCAGUUAAUGUAGUUGUGACAUAUUGGUUGUUGUGAAGAGGCCAUGGCUGUAGAGUGUCAAGUACUACCGCCUCUUGGGAGCUAGGGUAGGGACCGCUAGGACUUGGCGAAUGGUUGAAAGUUUGAUAGGAGAUGAAGCAACUUGCCCAGCCAAUCCUCCAGAGUUUGACUGAAGUGGUCUGAGAGCAAAUCCUCAAGAGGUUGCAGACAUUUGCAUUGCAGUUAAGACAAGAUAGCAAGGAAGAAAGGCAGCAAUGAACCAGAACACAGUAGGAAAGGGAGGCAAGUUACUGAGCCAACAGUUGGGUUAACUGCCGCAGCCCCUGGCGACUGUCCGGAGCCUUAGCUCACUGGUGUAGAGCACAUGCAUUGCAUGUAGAAGUUUCCUAGGUUCAAUCCCUGGCAUACCCAGUUAGAGUUGGGAAAGAAGUCCUGUCUAUAACUUUACCGGGCCAUUGCCAAGUUACUAGCAGAUAAUACUGACCUAGGGGGAUAAAUGGUCUGGCUCAGGUAAGAGCUACUACAUUCAAUGUAGUAUCAUACCAGUCAUGGUCCCCCCCCCCCCCAAAAAAGAAACAUGGGCACUGUAGGGUCUCGUAACAGCUCUGGGCAGUUCCCAGGAUUCUUUGGGGGAAGCCAUGACUGUACCAGAGGUAUAUGAGUGCUUUAAAUGUAUAGCAUGGAUGUGACAUUGGCAUAAGACAAAUUCUGCCAGAAUAGGAAUGGGCAGCUGGGUAUACAGAAGAUCCGGCCGCCCAGUUUUGGGAGAGGGAUGCUGACACCAUCCCCUCUUACUCUAGUAUACUAAGAAUAUUUCCUAAUUUGGCAACUUGUAUUCUACUUGCUGUUCAUUUCUGAGCUGAAGGAUACCUUAUUGGUAUGGCAACAGUCGUCCACAACUUCUCCAAUUUCCCUGCAUUCUGCAUCAUGGUAAUGCAAUGUCUGCAGCCACAUCGUGUGUAAAGGUCACAAAAACGCACAAUUUCAGUUGGAGCAACAAUGGGAGAAAGAGGUUCAAACCCAGAAAUAGCAAACGGUCUGCCUAUAACGAGUAAUACAAUUUCUCAGUGUCGUUGUGAAUGGGAAUCUUGUUGAAAGAAGUACUCCAGCCUUGUAAUGCUUUAGCAUAACAGCAUCACUAGAAGUGCCAGGUACCUCCUUUAGAUUGCUGCAGCACCUACCAUUUUAAAAUUAUUUUUAUUUAUGGGUGGUUACUAGGUCUCGGAAUUGGGUUGUUUACCUGCCCUGGGUGACAGUUUGGUGGGUUCAGACCCAAAUCCAUUGCUGUCACUAGAACCCCUGGUGACCAUUUGUGGCUCAUUAGCAGCUUCGCUUGGCGCACCAACUACAACUGUUCCUGGACAGGGAAGUAAGGAUAACCUUGUGACUAGAUUACUGUAAUAUGUUGUAGGUGAGCAUAUAAUCUUUGCAGUUUAUCCAGAAGCUACAAGUUGCUGAACUGUAACAAACCCAGCAUCUCUUUGGUUUUGCCAGUUUAUGAGAAGCAGGCAAAAAACAAUAAAAACAGAAACAAUCAAUGGUACAGUAAAAUAAUUGGUGUAGUUCCAAACAUAGACCUUCUUAUGCGGCCUAGGACCCUCAUGCUUAUGGGACCGCUUCUCCUGGUAUGUCCUGCAGAGGACCCUAAGGUCCAUGAAUAAUAAUAGCUUAAAGGUCCCAGGCCCUAAGGAAGCCAGACUAUCCUCCACCAGAGCCAGGGCUUUUUCAGUGAUGGCUCCGACCUGGUGGAAUGCUCUGUCCCACAAGACUAGGGCCCUUCAGGACUUGAUCUCCUUCCGCAGGUUCUGUAAGACAGAGCUAUUCUGCCUGGCCUUCAAUUUGAAUUAGCCUGAUCCUCUAUUCCCUUUCCCCUUUACUCUUCUAUGAAGAAACCCUUUCUGGGAUCCCACAUUUAAAUUCUUCCCUGGUCUCCUUGCUGGCCCUAGUAGGACCAACUUGGCCAGUUAGCUCUGGUGAUAGUUCGAUGUCUACUGACUGGGUCCCCCCCCCCCCCAAAAAAAAUGAGCCCUGAAUUUUUGAAUUUUAUUGAUAUUGAUGCUGCAUUUUAUGUUGUAUUCUAUGCUGUUUUAUGCUGUUUUUAAGUCACAUUUUAAUCAGUGUUUUAUAUUUGCUGUUAGCCGCCCUGAGCCCAGUUUUUAAACCGGGAAGGGUGGGAUAUAAAUUAUUAUUAUUAUUAUUAUUAUUAUUAUUCCCGCCCCCACGCACUUUAGAAGAUGGAGGAAUCUGAAAUAAGUAAGAAGCAAGAGGAGUUGGAGGUUGUGUUGUGCAAAAACCUUGGCCACCAUGUUGCAGGAGGGAUAAAAGGGAUGUGCUAUCAUCACUUGUAUUUCUGCCUUUGACAUGGAUCCAAACAAUUUGCAGCAGCGUGGAUUAGGGUGGUAACAAUAUUAUGUUUCUCUGUACUUUUUCCACUCCCAAGUCCUUUGAGGCCCAGUCAAGAGGUCAGAAACAGGUCCACUUAACUAUGCCAACAAAAGGAAAGCCACAGCGAAGAAGGCAUCAAAUCCUCUUGUGACAACGACAGCGCCCUCCAAGAGGCCAGAGUGCAUCUUGCUCUUGCAUUUGAGAAUUCUGUGCACGCGCUCUCUUUUUAGCCUAUCACAAAAAAUAAAAGAACACACCAAAACAGGAAUUUGUUUCAAAAUGGGAGGUCUUCAAAGUUUAUUUGCAAAAUAAUUACAGCAGUUUAAACUCUGUCUCAGCAUUUGAAUAAUUUCAGUAGUAGCUUUAAGAAAGAUACGAGAUCUAAGAUAAAUUAAGAAUUAGUCAAUCUAUGAUAAAAGUGUGUACUGGCAACAAGUAACAUAAUUGAAACAGGGAAUAGAUGGGAGGUCGGGUCUACAGUCCAAAGACCAUUUUUUGCUUUAUAAUCUUGUAAUUAAUACUGUGUUUAUCUCUCUUUUCAUUUGUAUUUUUGUUUUUUGUCUUUUGGUAUAUCAAAAAAAACAACACCAUUCUGGGGUACUAAAUAUAUGAACAUAUUGUCUUUAACGUUUUGUUCAUCAGUCUAAAAUACAAUAUUUCAUAAUAAUAAUAUUUAAUAUUUAAAAUCGCCAGUUUGUAAGUGGUGGUGGUGGGGGAAGCCCCACCAUCUUUUCCUGUUCCCCACUCCCAGGUUUUCUCUUCUCUAAAUAUAAACAGGGUCAUAUAAGGCAUUGUCAAUGGUACCACAGUCUGGCUGUGUCUUGACAAACAUCUGCACCCUUUUGCAGGCUAGAUUGGAAUAUGAUGUUUGCUUUCUCUGCUGCUGUAUCGGAAAUUGGAAUUAUAAGCAAUAUGUAACUGGUAGGAACAGUUUUUGACCCCAAGUCAGGGUAUAUCCAUUAUCUCUAAAGGCUUGUCAUGUUUUGCUUAUUUUCUGGUAUUUCAACACUGAAGCAGAAUAUAGGGAAUCGUUUUGUCAUGGCCAAACUAAACUAUUGCUAGGUAUGUAGCUGAAUGGACUGUUCCACUUCUGGGGAGUCUAGUUUUGAACGCCCCUCCAUGUUAACUCGUGGCAAAAGCAAAGUUUAAUAUAGCAGGGAAACACUUGUUGUUUUCUGUGCUUUCUUUUUAUUAUCAGGAUUUAUUUUUUUAAAGUGAUACAACCCCCACCCUACCAUUCUGCCACUUCCUACAAGUACAACCAAUGCCUUAAUUACUUUUGUCCAAUGGGAACUUGAACCCUAAGGCUGGAUUCAAUAAUAGCUUUAUGGUGAAUAUGAGCCUGCUUUCAACCUUAGCUAACUUGCUUUCUUGUACUUAAAACCUUAAGUCCUUUUUUCAAAAACAAAAAACAAAAAAAAUUUCAUCCUGUUGGUACAUAGCAACAGGUCAUGAAGAUUCCCCCCCCCCCCCCUUAAAUCUGCUGCCUGUAUCCUUGAAUGCAAUUUGGCUUCUCUGAUAUGGAAGAAUGGUAUGCUUACCCUUGUAAUUAAACCUGCUAAUGUGCAAUUCAUUCAAGAUCUGAUUUUCAGGCAGAGCAUAAUUCAGUCAAAAAGCAAGUUCCUGGUCUUAAUUUGCAAGAUAUAUUAGCAGCGUGCAAUUAGCAUUUGCGGAAUUUUCUUUGUUUUUUCAGCAGUAGGCAGAAAAAUUUUCACAGGAUGGAUUUAUUGUGGCUCAGUACAGAGAUGUGCCCUUUCCCCCCAUAUCAGUAAUGCUGCUUACAAUAGAAAGUUUAGGUUGUACAUAAAACUCGAAUACUGUGUUUGAAACUUGGAGUGUGUUGUCCAAGCUGCCUUUGAAUUGACUAACUUGGUGCUAAAUAGGGAUUUCCUGGCCUAAGAUAUGAAAUGUUGGUGUGGAGUGCGAAUCGCUGUGUACAGUUAACUUCUCUAGGGUUGCCAAUACAGUUAGUCCUAUCUUUUAACACUCCGUAUGGAAUGUUGUAAUGAUAGUACUUUUAGUAGUAAUCAUGUGUAAUGAAGGAGAGGAUAAAAACAUUCAGAGCCCCUUCAGAUAAUCCCUGUUUACUCUGCAUUCAUGAUUAUUUGUGCUCAUGAUGCUACUGAGGUGGUCAUAAUAUGAUCUUGUUUUCAGUACCGUUUGUAUCUGGAAAAGUUUCUGGGGUGGUAACAAUUGCUUCGAAGGGACCCGGGUGGCUCUGUGGUCUAAACCACUGAGCCUCUUGGCCUUGCCAAUCAGAAGGUCAGCGGUUCGAAUCCCCGCAACAGAGUGAGCUCCUGUUGCUCGGUCUUGCCAACCUAGCAGUUCGAAAGCACGCCAAAAAGUGGAAGUAGAUAAAUAGGUACUGCUCCGGCAGGAAGGUAAACAGCGUUUCUGUGCGCUGCUCUGGUUUCGGUGUUCCAUUGCACCGGAUGACCUGAAAAAACUGACUGCGGACAAACACCGGCUCCCUCGCCUGUAAAGCGAGACGAGCGCCGCAACCCCAGAGUCAUCUGCGACUGGACCUAACUGUCAGGGGUCCUUUACCUUUCAACAACUGCUUCACUUCCAGUCGGGGCAUAUUGUGUAACUUGAUGCUGAAAUCCCAUAACUUUCCAUAACACAAAUGUUUGCAGAAUUUCGGGACUGCUUUUGUUAUGCCCCUGUGACAGUUUUAGAGAACAACCAAUAAAGUAAGAUCUGGAAACAGUCCAGUAUAAAUUCACCACUAAUGCACUAUUAUUUGUGUCGGGAAUGUGGCUGGAUCUGCGCCAUACAUUUAAAGCGCUCCUACGACACUUCAACAGUCAUGGCUCUGCCCUCCCCAAAAUAAUCCUGGGAACUGUAGUUUAAGGGUGCUGAGAGUUGUUAGGAGACACCUCAGGUCCCAGCAUCCUUAAACUACAGUUCCCGAUGUUCUUUGGGGGAAGCCAUGGCUGUUAAAAUUAUUACAAGUGCUUCAAAUGUGUGCUGUGGUUGUGAUCCAUGUUGUGGAAUACACCUGGUGAGGAAAGCCCCCACAACAGCCUGGAAGGCCCAUCGUAGCCUCAUGCUGUAUGAACUAGGAGCUCUUCUCUCUGACUUCCCAUUCAGUUUCCUCCCCACAUGUUGCUGGAUUUGUACAGAUGUGUACAUCUGCACAUUCCAAGUCGCUCUUCCUAGUUAAGAAUAUAACAAGAGCCUCCUGGAUCAGGUCAGAGGCCCAUCUAUUCUAGCAUCCUAUCCUCACAGUGACCAGCCAGAUGCCUGUGGAAAGCCUGCAAGCUGGAGAUGAACACAACAGCUGGCAUUCAGGGACACAAUACCUCUUGACAGUGGAUGCAGAAUCUAGUCGUUGUGGUUAGUAGCUAUUGAAUUUGCUUUUUGUUUGUAAAAGCGUCGAAUGUAGGGAAAUUGUUGUUGUUGUUAGGGACGCAGGUGGCGCUGUGGUCUAAACCGCUGAGCCUAGGACUUGCUGAUCAGAAGGUCGGCGGUUCGAAUCCCCGUGAUGGGGUGAGCGCCCGUUGCUCGGUCCCUGCUCCUGCCAACCUAGCAGUUCAAAAGCACAUCAAAGUGCAAGUAGAUAAAUAGGUACCACUCCAGCGGGAAGGUAAACGGCGUUUCCGUGCGCUGCUCUGGUUCGCCAAAAGCGGCUUAGUCAUGCUGGCCACAUGACCCGGAAGCUCCCUCGGCCAGUAAAGUGAGAUGAGCGCCACAACCCCAGAGUCGUCCGCGACUGAACCUAACAGUCAGGGGUCCCUUUACCUUUAUUAUUGUUAUUGUUAUUACUAUUAUUAUUUAUUUUUAAAAAUUGUAUACCAUCCUUCACCUGCAGAUCCAGGGCGGUUCACAACAUAAAGUUACAAUAUAAAAAACCCCAAAUGCAUAGUAAAAAUAAGAACAACAAACCAAUAAUCUCUCUCCCACAACACAUUUAAAAGGGCAUUGGAUUUGGUCAAUACAGCACAUUGUUCCCUGUGACAAGGGAGCUCCGUGUAGACAUUUGUUUAAAAUUAUUUUGUUGGCUGUUCUUCAUUGCCACAGGCAAUCCCAGAGCUGGGUGCAGAACUUGAAGCGAAACAACAAACACAGCCAGCAAUACAUAAUCAACCCUUUUAAACCACCAGGAGGCUUUCUGUAGUACUAAAACAGCAAAGGCUCAGCAUUAAUGUUUAGCAUCCAGCUGCACGCAGAACUGCUGUCAGCUGGCGUCCAAAAUGCAUGCAGAUAACCGCCAGAUCUCUUUGCAAGGAGGGAGUCCUUUAAUUGGGGUGCCACCACCAAGAAGGCCCCAAUGUUCCCAAGCAACUUUUUUUUAAAAUGGAAUGCUUCACAAAUUUGCACGUCAUCCUUGGAGUAAGCUCUGGAGUAAGCCCCAUUUGAAGUCUGUGGGGCUUAUUUCUGCAGAGACCUUUUUACAGAGGACGGGGGUGUUGGUGUAAAAUGUUUUCCCAUGUCUGCAUUUCCUAAGCUUCCCACCCCACCUAUGUAAGGCCUGGGUAGUCUUUUUUUAUUCACCCUUGGGCUGUGUACACAUUCCUGUUUCCUCUGUGACCAGUGUGCUCCUGCUUCUGCUUUGACAUUUGCCACAAUCCAUAUCUGUUCUGUAUCUAUCUAUCUCAUCGUCUCCUAUGGAAUACUGCAUUUUGGUGCGUUUCCUCCCAAAACAGCUUCAAUCCAAACUGAGAGAAAUAAUUACUUUUGUUGUGAUUCUACCUCUGCAAUGUUUAUACAGCCCUAGCUGCUUUUACAAUGGGUCCCAUGGAACUGCCCCUCCCUUUUUAUAUUAUUUCCUUGCUCAGAAGUAUUCUUGCAUAUUUUUGCUAGAUGCUCUUAUGAGAGGCGUGGGAAUACAAGUGUUAACAGCGGUGAGACUUUCUAAUCGUAUGCUGUCUUCUUUGACAGGAUAGAGAGCCAGUAUGCUGUCUGGCCUCUGAAUCCGUGGAGUCAAUUUACUCCUAGAAAGAGGAGUCCUUCUCAGUGCUUAUUGAUCUGGUAUAGAAAAGAAAAAGUUCCACCAGAUUAUUCCAUAGAGAGGGUCUCUCCAGUGCUUAAUAGAACAGCUGAGUCACAAGUGAUGAUGCAUGGGCUAUUGCCAGCUUGGGAGUGGCAGUUCUUGGACAGAGCAACAGAAUUACAGUACAGGAAGAUUUGCUUAAUUCUUCUCCUUUGGCGAUGCCAUUCUGGAAUGAGCUGUGCUGGAUUUAAGACCACCUAAGGCAGCCCUCUUUCUCCUUCCGCCAGAGACUCUAUUUGACCAUUCCUUUGUGUUUCUCUUCAAGCUUAUUUUGCAGAUAGCAUUCACAAAAUCAUGUGCAGUUCAGUCUCUGACUCCUUGCUGAGUUCUUUGGUGUUGCUUCUGAACCUUAAAUUCAUCAGUCCUCCUAGGUACAGUGGUACCUUGGUUCUCAACGCCUUGGUACUCAAACAACUUGGAACCCAAACACUGCAAGCCCAGAAGUGUUCAGUUUGCGAACCUUUUUCAAAAGCCGAACGUGCUCCGUUUUGAGUGUUACACUUCUGAUUUGAGUGCCACAUUUCUGUUUUCAGUGUUACGCUGAGGUCUGUCUGUUUUUCCUAUUUUGUGUUUUUGUAACUGUGUAGCACCCAGUUCAGCUACUGAUUGAUUGAUUGAUUGAUUGAUUGUGUGACUGCAGUACAUUGUUUAUUGGUUUCAUUUUAUGGAUCAGUAGUCUCGUUAGAUAGUAAAAUUCACGUUAAACUGCUGUUUUAGGGGUUGUUUUUAAAAGUCUGGAACAGAUUCAUCCAUUUUGCAUUACUUUCUAUGGGAAAGUGCACCUUGGUUUUGGAAUGGACUUCCGGAAUGGAUUAAGUUUGAGAACCAAGGUACCACUUCAUGAAUAUUAACUUUCCUAGGCCACUGUCUAGGGGACAGAAGUUUGAAAAAUUGUCAUUGUGUGUUGUGCUGUAUGUGGCAAGCACAUGAACAUACCAAGACACAGCCAUCUCAGUAAAUUGUAUCUUCCUUUAUCAGUCGUUUGGGUCCCAUUGUAGUCAGUUGCCACUAACCAAGAGUGUGGUACACUCUUGAGAGUGCUGUCUGCUUCACAGUUUUGUUCUCAGGCUGGCAAUAAGAGGCAGAACAUUGUCUCACUAAGAUUGAGCUGUCAGGUCUUUGCCAUUAAAGCAUUACAUUGAUUAAGCUGCGCCACUGGCUCAAGCCAGUUUCCUUGCUUCCAUUCCAUUUGGCCAUGUAUGUUGCUAAAAGAUAAAAGGAUCCAGUUGAGAAAGUCUUAACAUGUCUUUGGGAGAAGCUUUAAUUCAGUCCUGUACUGGGGUUCCAUGCAAAUUGUGUAUUCCCUCUCCUAUUUACUUGAAUGGAGAAACAUGUUCCUUCUCUGUCCUUACGUCUGCCCCAUAGUGAAUAUUUGCUAAUUGGCUGUUAUAUGUGGAAGUUUCACAGGAGUGUAGGUCCGCAGGUGCUUUAAAAUACACCAUUUUUUAACAGUUGCAUGUCACCUUUCAGUCCAUUAAGCUCUCAAGUCCGCUUGCAUCAUUUUUAAACAAUUCUAAAGCAAUGGUUUUUAAAACCUGCAUAUAUUAAAACCCAAUUUUAAAAACUGUUUUAUAUGUUUUAUUUAUAUAUUUAAAACAACAAUAAUGCAUAUAUAAAACCAAUUCAGAUGCAAUGCAGAUACCAACUGGAAAUAGGAAAUAAAAGCUAGAAAUAAAUACGCAUACUUUCUUCUGAAUUAGGGGAAAUAAAACAAUGGAUCUCUCCCAUUAGGGAAAAAGAAUAAGAAAUAAUUUAUUUGGAGCAAUGCUGUGUAAUCUACUUAUAAAUAACCUGGAGUUAGGUGAACCCUAAUGUAAUUUGCCAACUUGACUACUACAGACUAUUCAAUAUAGUGAAACUACAGAUUGAAGAGCUCCAGAACCUGGGCAAGUAGGCAAUGGAAUUGCAGAACUGGUGUGAGCACAUGCAAAACCAAAAAUCAUAUACCAUAAUUGCCUGAAUAUAAGCCACACUCCCCCCCCCCCCCCAAAUCCAAUUGUGAAAAGUCAAGUGCGGCUUAUAUUUGCGACUUUAUGCCGCUGGCAGAGCGGCGCAGCUCCCCCCCUCCUCCCGGAAGCAGUGUGGGGCAAUGGGGGGGACGCUGGCAAAGCAACAUGGCUCCUCCCCCCCCCAGCAGCCCGGGAGUGUGGGGCAACGACACCCAUCCCAUCCCAAGCCUCCCCCAAUCCGCCGAAUUUUAAAGGUGCGGCUUAUUUGCAGGUGCAGCUUAUAUUCGGCCCAUACAGUAAAUGCUGGUGGGGUUCUGAUUUUGAAGUAGUUACACAGAAAAGGGAACUUGAGUUUUGUGGAGAGCAAACGGAAAAGUUUGUCUCAAUGUACUGUUGGCUGUGAAAAGGGCAAAUCUAGUGUUAAGGAAUUAGUAGGAAAAAUAUGAACAAAACUAUAAGCUUAUUAGUGCUAUCCCAAAUCCUUGGGUGCAGCUACAUUGAAAAUAUUGUGCAAAUGUUCUAACAGCACCAUCUCAAAGGAGAUGGAGCUUGAAAACACAUAGAAAAUGGCAGCUGAAAAGUCAUCAAGGGAUUGGUACACCUUAACACUGAGAUGCUAAAGCAUUUGGGACUUGUUAAACUAGGAAAAUAAAUAACUGAAGAAAGGGCAUGAUAGAGGCUUUCAAAAUUAUUAGCUGCAAGGGGAAUAAAGGAGGUAAUUUCUUGGUCAGCUGAGGAAUGGAGCCUUGCAGGAUAUGUGGUUAACUCAUCUUCUAGAAGGCAGGGUUAAAACAAGAAGGUGUUUACUGUGAACAUCAGGAAAGGAAGGGAAUCUUCCUACCCAUUCCCAGUCUUCACUGCUUCCAAUAGAAGAGCUGGGUUAAUGGUUCCUGGUCCUUUUGGGGCAUGUUGGAGGAUGUUGAGGCAGGAAUUGUUAGUUAGUAUUAUUUUGUAAUUUAUUGGUUGUUUUCUCUUUUUUAAACCCUCAAAAGCAGAUAAGCUAAAAAGAUAGAACAAUUUUUUAAAAAAAUUAAAUUUUGAAAAAACUAAAAUCGGCAAUAAACUAAAAUACACACCUCUUAUUCAGUGAUUGGACAACUAGGCAGUGUGUGUGUGUGUGUGUGUGUGUGUAUUUAAAGAGCGAUUGCCACCAAUACCAAAAGAAGAUGCAAAUAAGGUUCUGUAGGAGAACAUUGCUCUUAGCUGGGCAAUGUUCCGUCCCUAACUGGUUUGAAGUCCACAUGCAGGAAUAGACACUUUGCUGCUUCUCCCUUCCCACCUUAUUUUUUCCUUCCUCCUUAUAUUUCAGACCUUGUGAUAUAUCAGUAUAUUGCAAUGUUUACCUGGUGAUAUAUCACAGUGUUCAGUUCAGUUCGAUUUAUUGUGUUUUGCAAGCAGCCAUUAAACAAAUAAAAACAAGAAUAACAAGAAUACUGCUAAUAGUGGUUUACAUUUCUACUCCCCAACCAUUACAGGGUAAAUCAUUUCCCAUUCCCCCUUUUCAGUUUUAUGACAUGAAUUUGUAAAGCCUCGGUAAGCAGUUUGGAUGUUCUAAAGGUUAUAUACCUCUCUACGUCAGACAACAACAAAAAAGGGCUUUGCAAGAGACGUCCUUCCCUUCUGCGAUCUUAACAAUGGGUGGAUAUAAUUUGUUUCGAAGGUCAUUAUAAAAAGCGCAUUCAAGGAGUACAUGAGUUAUGACACAGAAUUGCAGCUGCAAACUCUGUCCUCCUUAGGAACUCCUUUGUGUCGGCCCAUCCAAUCUGCUAACGGAAGGUCAUUUAGUCUUGCCUGUGUGAAGGCUGUGCUCAUUUCAACAUUUGGCAAAUCUACCAGAUAUCUUGGCAGGGUUGGAUAACAAUAGAAUUUUAAAAAGCAUACAAUUUGUUUCACAGUGUUGAAAACCAGAUAUUGUCCAUCCCUAGUUGGUAGGAAACAUGCCACUCCAGCUUGUUUAGAGCAUACAAAUCCACACAACUAGUUGGGAGUCGAGAGUCGUCUUCAAAGGUCUUCUGGUCUUUGUGGAUCUGUUGAAGCAGAGAUAUGUCCUGAUUUGGACAGCAAAAACACAUAUCAAACACCAGGAGACAUUCGCUCUGUGAGUGCUACAGGAGAAGGCCUCCCUGCUGCUAUGGGUGGAAGUGUACCUCCUGUCUGUCUGUCUCAACAGGGAGUUCAUGAUGUCCACAUGGACUGGCCGGAGUCAGGAUGCAAUUAUUCAAGUGGUGUAACCUCUCAAUGAAUAUAGCCAUCAAGGCUGUCAUAGCAAAACAGAGAUUGACCGUGUGUGCAACCUCUCACAACCAGAAUAUGAUACUCGGUAUCUCUAGAUUCUGGCUGCGUGACAGCGUUCCUGCCCCUUCUGUCCAUGGUGCUUGGAAGCUCCUUUGGACAUUCUGGCUGGCCAAUUUUGGGAACCAAUUUGCAGAAUUAGGAGGGCCUUGGUUUCCCCACCACCACCACAAAACCCUUGUUGUAAUAUUGAAAUGCUUUUUUCAGAUAGGAGGCCACCUUGCUUUAGAACCCUUGCAUCUAGAAAUUGGCAGGAUUGCAGGCCCACCACGAAGCCUGGAACAUCGAGCUCUGAAGCUUCCGAGGCAGAAUAUUGCUGUUGCUGUAGAGUUCUGAGAAUCUACUUUGUGUGUGGGUGGUGUUAGUAUCUGGUCCUCUGUAGUUAAAGAAGCAUUCAGUUGGUGUUUGCUUAAUGCUUAAACCAAAGAUGGUGUGAGUAAGCUUCCACCUGAGGUGAGGCAGGUAGAUACCCAAAAGGAGGCACCAGUUAUGGAAUGCUUUCUCCGGAAAAGUUUGCCUUGCCACUGACACCCAUUGCCUGAUUUCAGGUAAAAGGACCUUUGAACAAUUCCAUCCCCAAUCUUUUCCAAUGUAAUUUUAAUCCUGCUUACUGUUCUUGGCUACUUCAUGAUUUUGUGGCUUACAGCUUAUAUGGAUUUUACACUUCUUUUUUUGUAAGCAACCCUAGAAUAUAAUUGAAGGGCAGUAUAAAAGUAAUUACAACAAAUAGGAGCAUCGUACUGCUUCUUGUCUCCUAGACAGUGUCUCUGUCAUCACAUUCUGUUAAAAUUGAAUACCACCUUACCUGAAUCUGUUCUAAAAAUGGGACAAAUUAAAUUCAGACAGGGUUUCGUUGGCUAUGAAGCCAACAUUGGUGAGGAGACGCCAGUUAGUUUUCAUAGGAGCAAUAAGCAUCCCGAACAAGAUGGUUCUCUGAGAUAGCGUCAGCUUCCCUCCAAACCACCUUCGCAUUAUAGGAAACCACAUUAUGCUGAAUCAGAUCAUUGCUGCAUCUAGCUCAGUAUUUUCUACACUGUCUGGCAGCAGCUGUCCAGAGCUUCAGGCAGGAGUCCUUCCCAGCUGUCCCUGGAAAUUGAACCUGGGGCCUUCUGCAUUCCAAGCAGAUGCUCUAACCACUGAGACCUUUUGUCUUGCUGUUCCCACCAUCAGAUUGCUUGGACAAGAAUGUCCAGUGCUGGUAUGAUGGAAAAGAAGGCAUUAGAAUAUGAAGCGUUUGGGUUUCUUAUGUUCAGACAAGCUGUUCAGCAGGGCAGGGAGCCUAACACAGAGGUAAAACGUGUUGCAUUGGCAUCCAGAUAUAAAUACUCAUUUGAUACCCAGUUGCACGGUAACUGUCCCUUAAGACUCAUCAAAGCAAGAACCACAGGCACCAGUGCACAGCUUAUCUUUGCAGGUCUCUCUCCUAUCAGGUUUGUUACUGUAAAAGCCAGGAAUCACCUGGUUGAGCUCAAUUCUUGCUGAGAUUUCCAUGUUAAGGAAAUCCACGUUUGAUACCCAUACUUCAAGAUUGGAACCCAUAAUAAAUCAUGCAAAUAGAAUGCUAGCGGGUUGACUUUACCUGUUAUACGUUCUGCAGUGAGCCUACUCAUGAGUUGUGUAAGCAGCCCCCCAGCCAGCAUAGACUUUCAUCUGUUGCGAGCGAGAAACAGCUGCCAGCACAAUAAUCCAGUGCUGCCUUUGCAGUGUUAAGCUGGACAUAAAGAUGAUAGAUAACAUGGAUAAAAAUGUAUUUACAGAAGACCGUGUAGGGACUUUGUUUACACAGGGACAGAUAAGACAUCUGAACUCGACAAGAAUGUGAACUAAUUAAUUAGGAGACCCCAAGACUCUUCUGUUUUAGACUAUUUAUAGUUAAUACAUGUUGGCAAUUUCCCAUUUGUGUUUUAAGUUUCCUAAAACUUGAGUGCUAAGAGAUGAGCAUCCUUGCUAAGGUGAUUUACCUGGGGUGAAGGACUAAGGAGUGUACUUUUAAAGGGCUCAGAGCUCCACUUGCUGAAUAUUAUGACAACAAAGGAUUCUGCAUGUGUUCAAGUGCAUACUUGAAAUCAUGAGGGCCGGCAACUUUUCUUUUUAAAAAGGUAAGGUACAAUUCUCCUAUCUCUGCAAACGUGCCCAGGUGCCUACUUACCAGCUUCACAUAGCGCAGGUUCUUUUCUUAUUCUUUACUGCGAGUAAAGCCUCUAGCUAUUCUACUUGAAAAUACAAACAUAGAAGCCCAGUCAAGAUGUAGCCAAGGGAAAUGCCAGCGUCUUGGCAGUGCUCUUGCUUCUGCUUCACAAAGCAACACAAUCUCUCUGUGUCUGGUGAUUCGCCCCUUUGCUUGUGUGCAACUAUAGAGAGUACAGUGGUGUGUUGGAGGGGACUGGGCGAGGUUUAUCUGCGAGGGGAGCACACAGCAAGCAGAGCCACUGUCACCGAUAAUGCCCUUUGUGUAAACUGCUUUGAGCUGAAAGCAUUGUUGAUGACAGUGGCUCUGCUUACAGGCCCUAGUGUAAGCAGAACACAUGGUUUAAUGUAGUCUGUGUGCACAGUGAGAUGAAAAGAACGAGGCAGCCUUGACAAUUAGAUUUGGGAGGUCCCAUAUCACUGAAGUAUUCGAGAUCGUGCAUAACUUGCACGUUGCCUCUGCUUGCAGCUUUGUCUGGCAUGUUGUGCUUCUCGAGAGCAAAACAUGUUCAUGGGACCCGUGGAUCCAUCUCCUGAUGUCCUUGCCAGAGAUGUUCAUGUGGCCAUGAGGCAUCUCAUAAAUGAUCUGCACCAUUCCCCUUGUGUGCAAAGCCACAGAUGGCAGGGUCCUGCAUGCAGUACAGUGGUGCCUCGCAAGACAAAAAGAAUCCGUUCCGCGAGUCUCUUCGUCUUGCGGGUUUUUUCGUCUUGCGAAGCAAGCCCAUUAGCGGUUUAGCGGAUUAGCGCUACAGUAUUAGCGGGCUUAGCGGAUCAGCUGAUAAGCGGCUUAGCGAUCAGCUGUUAAGCGGCUUAACGAUCAGCUGAUAAGCGGCUUAACGAUCAGCUGAUAAGUGGCUUAGCGAUCAGCUGAUAAGCGGCUUAGCUGAUAAGCGGUUUAGCGGCUUGGGGAAAGGGGGGGGGAGGAAAAAAACCCGCAGGAACUCGCAAGACAUUUUCGUCUUGUGAAGCAAGCACAUAGGAAAUUCGUUUUGCGAAGCACCUCCAAAACGGAAAACCCUUUCGUCUAGCGGGUUUUCCGUCUUGUGAGGCAUUCGUCUUGCGGGGCACCACUGUAGUUGGUGGAACAGCAGGAGUCGUGGGACAGCAAAUGAAAGCUUGGACAGGUCACCAUAUAUUUAUUUUCACUCAGAAGUAUUGGUGCCAGUGUGCUUGGUAUAGGUGGGCAUCUGCAUUGGAGCAAUUAGCAUAGAUCUUUGUGGGCAGUCCUUUAGUUCCCUGACACAGCAAUGGAUGGUGAUUUAUAAUCCUCAAGGAGGUCUUUUCCCCAAAUUGAUUUUUUCUUUUCUUUUUGAGAGCAAACAAGUACCAUCUGGUUGAAGGGGAGCAGAGGGUACCAGGGCUGAAGAGUACAUAAAGCAUCACUUUGUCUCUUUUGCAGUUCUUAGUGUGUUUAGCAAUCCCCUGGGGAAGCCCCCUGUGAAUUUCCUGACAAUGGAUCCCAUUGGCUCUGAGCUGACUGAUAGCCUUCCGAACCCUUUGAGGGGUUCCCGCCUGGACAACGCCCGUUCGUUCCUGUAUUCACGCUCCAGCAGCCCCUCAGACUCUGACACCAGUGGAUUCAGCUCUGGUUCUGACCAUCUCUCAGACUUUCUUGUAAGUUGCUGGGGAGGUUGUAUCCUUGCGGUGGGGAGGUUGUGGCAGGGCAGGUGGGUACUCUGAAAUUCUGAAUUGAUUUGAUGGCACUUCGGAGAACAUGGUCUGGCUGUGGACUCCCCAUCCAGUCGCUAGGAAAUGGGAGAAUACUCAAGCAGCUGGAUGGGUGGAUUUAAGCUAUUCUGCUUUCCCAAACUAUAGCUUUUUACAAGCCAAAUGGCACCAGCAUAAGAGUCCUGCUUCAGAUUGUAUUCCUGGAGAAAUAACCUGUGACUGCAAAACUGCUAGACCCUGAUCUGCUCACAAUUUAAAUAAGCAUUGCACAUUCCGCUGGGUCUACUGAUCAUUGAUCUGUUGGUCUUGUGCAAGAUACACCACAACACUUGGUUUCCUGCUCAUUACAAAGUUGGAAGGGAUUUUUUUUCUACACUAAAUUCCUUGGUUAGGGCAAAAUAGCUUUAAGAAGGCGUAGAGGAUCUGAAAAUUGGGCGGGGAGCAGGAUGUACAGUUGUACCUUGGAAGUCGAACAGAAUCCAUUCCGGAAGUCCGUUCAACUUCCAAAGCGUUCAGAAACCAAAGUGCAGCUUCUGAUUGUCUGCAGGAAGCUUCACAAAAAAACUGUAUGAAACACUCACUUCCAAGUUUUGAUCAUUUGGGAGCCAAUUUGUUCAACAACUAAGGCGUUGGUACGACUGUAUUUUGUAACUGCCGCAAAAUAAACAGGUUGUGAAAUGCAGUGCGUUUUUGGAUGGACUUCUGGUGAUAGAACUCACCAAAUCACUUUUUGUUAGGGAGCAGAGUAAGGACGAGGAAAGACAUCAUUUAGUGGGUUAGUAGGAGUACAGAGACUGAGAUGGAUACAGAAGAUUAUCCCUCCUGUUGACUUGCUGUUAAGCUUACCCUCCUCUUUACACACAGGCUUCUGAGAUGUUGGUUGUCACUGCCUUCAUCUGAAGCCUUUCCUGAAGCUAGAAACGUAGCUUUCUUAACUCUGCAGAGAGUUGUAGAAUUCUGUGCUGAAUACUUUUUGGCCCCCUUAUUGAUUGUGUGUAGUUGAUAAAAGUAUUUAUAAGACACCCUCUCACAAAACACCAGGGCACUUUGCAGCAACACAGAAACCGUUAAAAGUAACACAAGAGAAGCAUCAAAACGACCAGUUAUGCAAGAAAAUUUUAAAUAACCGCAGCUCUGUCCGACAUAAAGAAGUCUCCAAGAGAUGCAUGGAAGUCCAAAGCAAGGAUUGCCUUCCUAAUCUCAGUGAUCAGUCUGGGAGAUCAGGCCUCAGAGGGCAGCCCUUAAGGUGUCCUGGACCCAAGUUGUCCAGGGCUUUGUAAAACAGGUAUACUAGCCUAAUACCAAGCACUGCCACUUUUGCCAUAGGUCUGAGAAGAGAUGUGGCAAUAAGCUGUCAGUGUUAAUAUGAACGUUGCUUGUUGCAUGUGCAGGGCCUUAGCCAGCCAUAUAUGUAGCUCUGGAAGCUUGCAUUUAAUGAGCCUAUUCUCGUUGCGUGUAGAUGAAAGCUGCAUAUAAUUUAAUGAAUGUGGCAGCUGCCAAAAUACAGUUAAUUAUGCCUGCCAUGGUAACGUGGAUUUGGAAUUCUUGCCCAUUAUUAUUAUUUAUGAUUAGCAGCAUUUGCUUGUCACUUCAUACAAAGAAGUCUUAGAGUGACUUCACUUAACAAGAUAAAAUACAAGCGUGCAAUAUCAGCUAAAAGCCAUAUUUUUAAAAAUCACAUGAUACUCAUUUUGGCUCUGAAAGAAAGAAUAGAUGCAUAGCAGUUUGGGUAAGGAUGGGGAGAAAAAGCUUGGAAGGAAAUAAAUGUUGCAACCUUGCUUCUGGGUUUUUAAGCAUCUUUUUUACUGUGCUUUGCACAGAAACUUCCAACACGACUAGAAGCAUGCCGUAGACAAAAGCAGAAAUUUUCUAUCAUUCAACCUAUUAGAUUGCCUUAAAUCGCACAUUUUGCUCAUCAAUUAGGGUCAUUUAGUACUUUCCUUGUGGAUAAUCUUCUGGUAAUUUAAUACUUUACCUUGAAGACUCAAACAGACUCCCCCACCUGCCUUUCGAGACAUUCCUUACACUUUCAUUAUAUUAAGCUGAGAAAAUAUAUGAGGAGUCCAUGAUGUUCUAUCACCUUUGGUACACGGUAAAGCCUGAAAAAAGGGACGCGGGUAGCGCUGUGGGUUAAACCACAGAGCCUAGGAUUUGCCGAUCAGAAGGUCGGCAGUUCGAAUCCCUGCGACGGGGUGAGCUCCCGUUGCUCGGUCCCAGCUCCUGCCAACCUAGCAGUUUGAAAGCACGUCAAAGUGCAAGUAGAUAAAUAGGUACCGCUCCAGCGGGAAGGUAAACGGCGUUUCUGUGCGCUGCUCUGGUUCGCCAGAAGCAGCUUAGUCAUGCUGGCCACAUGGCCCGGAAGCUGUACGCCGGCUCCCUCGGCCAAUAAAGCGAGAUGAGCGCUGCAACCCCAGAGUCGGUCACAACUGGACCUAAUGGUUGGGGGUACCUUUACCUUUACCCUUUUAAAGCCUGAAAAAGAUGCUGUGUCCUUUCAUAGUUUGAAAUGGUUCCACUACCCCAAUCCCCUUGCUUUUGUUAAGUAUCCUGAAUUCAUAAUUGUAGCUUUCCUCCCAUUGGCUAAGGUGGGAUCAUAGAGAGAGAUGAGGGAUCUUAGGGUGCUUUAGAUUAACCGCUGCAUUGAAAUUAUACAUACCUGGCUCCUUCAAACUGUGUUUCUUAACACGUUUCUCUUGCAGUCGAAUCUCCGGAUCUCCCCACCGAUGUCAUUCCUGCCUCUUGGUGGCAUUGCCAGGGAUUCCUUGAGUGGAGCAGGGUCCCACCUGGAUCAAGAUCAAGCUACUCUUGCUUCAGUCACUUCCACCCCAACCAGCAUCCCCAAGCAGUGGUCUGGAGCAUCUACCUGGCCUUCCUGGGGCAUCCAAGACUCCGUGGACGACCCGUUCAGUAUCGAAAGGGAAGCCAGGCUUCACAAGCAGGCAGCGGGUGAGUCAGAGACUUGCUUUGCAUGGGGAGAUUGGCACGGGGGAGAGUUGGGUGCAAGAUGAAUGCUGAGCUCUUAGACGAAGCUUCUCUCUCUUUUGAUUCUUCAGCUGUGAACGAGGCAACCUGCACAUGGAGUGGGCAGCUUCCGCCCCGAAACUACAAGAAUCCAAUCUACUCCUGCAAGGUGUUCUUAGGAGGAGUCCCCUGGGAUAUCACAGAAGGCAAGUAACUGCUAAGGCAGGUUGUGGAGUGAAGGGUCUGGCUUUCUCUAGCUCUUUUCCCCACCCCACUUCAUUCAGGUGUGAUUAUAACUGUCUUGUUGUGACCUUUGUUCCUAAUUUACAGGGGACGUUUCGCACUGUAGAGACUGUCCCUCCGGUUUCUCUAAAGCAGGGCUGGCUGACCUGCUGCUCUCCAGAUGUUCUUGUUGUUGCUAAUUCAGUUUAUAUACUGCCCUCUAUCAGAAGAUUUUAGGGUGGUGUACAACAUUAAAAACACUUUGCAGAACAUCAAUGAUAAAAACAUAUUGAAAAACCUAACGACAGAUAGACAAAUAGUAAAAUAAAAAUUAUAAUAACAAAAUAAUAAUUACAAUAACAGUCCACUUCCCCACACUUUCACAAACCGUAGGUUAUUUAAUAGCCAUAGGCCUCAGAAAAGAGGAAUGUUUUUGCCUAGUAACUAAAGACAUGCACUGAUGGCACCAGGCAAGCCUUUCUGAGGAGAGCAUUCCACAAUCGUUGAGCCACCACAGAAAAGGCCCAUUGUCUUGUUGCCACCCUCUGAACCUCUCUGGAAUGGGGGGACGCAGAAGAGUCUCGGACGAAAAGCACAUGCAUUUAGUUCAUGUUGCUGAACUAAAACUCCCAUUGCAGCGGCCAUCAUUGCCACUGGUCAGGGAUGAUGGGAACUGCGGUUAGCAAUGUCUGGAGAGAGACAGGUUUCCCAUUCCUGGUCUGAAGGUGGUUAUUAAUGUUUCAGAGCAAGAUUAAGGGGUUUCCACAGUCUGUCCUCAGAACAGCUCAUCCUGACUUAAUCUGCCUCUUAUUCAAGGGCACCAGGGCAUGGGUGGGGAAGCUGUGACCCCCCAGGUAGUGUUGGAAACUCAACUGUUGGCCCCAGCCAGCAUGAGCACUGGCCAGGGAUGAAGGGAUUUUUAGUGCAUCAACAUCAGGCUCCCCAUACCAAGUCUACAGCCUCAAGGGAUGUGGCCUAUUCAGGUCAACUGCUCUUGGAGCUAGUCAGUUGACAAUGCUAGCUAGUACAGCUGCCUCUGUUAUCAAUUGUUUGCUCAGCCUAGCUAUUCUUAAAGUUAGUGUGUUUUCAGUAUAAAGCAUUGUGUUGCUUAUCUGAAAACCUGGAGAUAGCUCAGUGGUGCAAGAGAGCCCCAUGUUGGGCAAAAGAUUCCAGCACUGCAGGAUAUUGGACCAGGUGACCUCAGUGUCCCUUCCAACUAUACAAUUCAAUGGUUAUUUAAUUUAGGAGCUACUUUUUUGGGGGGUGGCAGAGCUUACCCACCCCCCGCCCAGGAGCAUACAAAAAAAUACCAAAAAUGAUGCAACAUUUAGAAACGUCAGCAUGAAAAUUGCUGCAAAGCAGAACAAAGCACAGAAAACACACACGCACCAAAAAGCACCACAUGUUUUUGGAACCACAUGAAUUCCAGAAGCAGUUCACCAAUUAUAGGAGAGACCCCAUAGCUCAGUACUAAGCCUCUUCGCUUUGCACCCAGCAGGUCCCACACUCAAAUCCCUGGCAUUGCUAUCUACCAUUAUUUGGCACAGAAAAGACUUUUGUAAGAGAGCUAGUGCCAGUUAAAGUAGGCCAUACGAGCCAGCUUCAUGCAUUGAAGUAUAUUCUUAUAUUCGUCUUCCUUGGUCUGUGGCCUAGAACAGAGACAUAGCGUGCCGUUUAUGCUCUGAACAUGAGGUGGUGAAUUGUGGUGAAUAGAACAUUGGACUUGGCUUGGUGACAGCCAGAUUUAAGCCUCUGCUGGACAAGAAGCUUGCUGGGCAAACUCAGACCAGUCAGUCACAGAUAAUAUCAAGAAAAAUCCCCCCUCUGUGGCUUCCCCAGGCUGCUUUACAAGGGAAGUCAGGAUAAAGAUAGGUUCACAUGGAGUGUGUGGGCUCUGCAAAUAAUUAAGACACUAACGGUGGAGUCCCCCACGUAAUUGCUAUUAUGUGUUUCACAGAAUGCCACUUAAAAUAUCAGAGCUGCUGUACUGAAUUGCACAAAAACGGGAAUGAUUCAAGUGUCAUUACAUGAGAAGGCAGAAAAUGCAUAUCAGGAGUAGCAAAUAGAAUUUGGGUUGGAUAUGGAGCACAGAAGUGCAAAUCACAGUUUGCCAAAAUCCAUUGAGUGGCCAAACGACUGACCCGACCAACUCGUACAUUACUACUGCAAUGGAGUUUUUCAGCUUUCACAUUCCAAAAAUGAGGGAUGCUAAAAAGUUGUAAUACAGCUUGGGAUUUCAAAAGAGAUUUUGGUUAAAUUAAUAAAAUUUAGUUUUGCUUGGCAAAAUAGCAUAGAAAUCAAGUACUUGCAGUUAUUUUGUAUAUCAUCAUCAUUAGUUGUUAUUUGGAAUUAACUGACAUUUUCAGAAGUCAAAAAUUAAGUUCCACCCCCUAAAGUGACACUCCUACCAGUGGUUGAUAAUUGUCCUCCGUUGAGGUUCUUUGCUGGCCAGGAAACUUUCAUCUGUGCUUGUCCCUCCCAUGUGUCUGUUAAAGGUAAAGGUACCCCUGACCAUUAGGUCCAGUCGUGACCAACUCUGGGGUUGCGGCGCUCAUCUCGCUUUAUUGGCUGAGGGAGCUGGCGUACGGCUUCCGGGUCAUAUGGCCAGCAUGACUAAGCCGCUUCUGGCGAACCAGAGCAGCGCACGGAAACGCCGUUUGCCUUCCCGUCAGAGCGGUACCUAUUUAUCUACAGUGGAACCUUGGGUUGCGGACGUAACCCGUGACGGAGGCACAUCCGCAACCUGCAGUGUUAGUAACCUGCAGCACUGCGUCUGCACAUGUGCGUUACGCGAUUUGGCACUUCUGCGCAAAGCGCAAUUUAGCACAUCUGCACACAUGAGAGCGGCAAAACCCAGAAGUAACCCUUCCAGUACUUCCAGGUUUUCCGCAGUCCGCAACCUGAAAACACAUAACCCGAAGCGUUUGUAACCCGAGGUACCACUGUACUUGCACUUUGACGUGCUUUCGAACUGCUAGGUUGGCAGGAGCAGGGACCAAGCAACGGGAGCUCACCCCGAUGCGGGGGGAUUCAAACUGCCAACCUUCUGAUUGGCAAGCCCUAGUCUCUGGUUUAGAGCACAGCACCACCCGCAUCUGUUAGCCGACCAUUAUUGAUGCAGUGUUUGAUGGAGCCAUGGGGAAGUUUUAUUGAAUUACAUUGCUGUAUGUUUAUAUUUUACUGGGUUUAAAAAAAAUGCACAAAGCAUAACUCCAUGCACGGGAGUUUUCUCUCUCUCUUACCCCUCUAAACUAAAUAUCUCAUUUGUGCAGCGGGUCUGAUCAGCACUUUCCGUGUGUUUGGCUCGCUGAGAGUGGAGUGGCCUGGUAAGGAUAGCAAGCACCCCCGCUACCCUCCCAAAGGUAAUAUGCCUAAAGGUAAUACAGACAUGGUAGGAACCUUUUUAUCCAUGCUAUGUAUAGAGAGCACUGAGGGCUGCUGGGCUGGCAUGGUUGCAUGGAGGUGACCGGACAGGUAGAGCACCAUAGGAUUACAGGCCUCACUCGGGCGCACAGGUUCUUUCCGUUAAUGUAAUCUGCCAGCUCUUUCAGGGUGAGGGGCUGCACACAGCGGUGUUCACACGGUGGCAGUUACACAGGGAGAAGAACAGAGCUUUGUGUUUAUUUGUGCUGAGGAAGCCGUAGCUGUCAUCGCCAUUCUCCCCAGUCAGUUGUAUUAAGGCUUGAAUUUCUGCUGAGCCAAGCAGAAAACCUUGCUUUGCCAUUAAGGCAUUUGGGGAAGUGACUUGUCUUCUGAUGUUCAAGAUGCAUCAGCCCUAAUGUUCAGUCUUGAGAAACCUGGAGUACUUCCAUGCUCGGUCCCCCCCCCCCCCACUUCCCCCUCUCUCCAAUUUUGGCACUGUUCCUCACUCGUCAGGAGGUUCGGAUGCAUUCCCAUCUUUGGUUCCUUCCAGAUGUUGCAGGCUACAACUCUCACCGGCUUAGCCAGGAUGACCUAUAGGGAUGCCCAGUAGUUAGGGAUGACGUCUAGGACAUCUAGCAAGUCCCAAGAGGGGUGAUGGUGGCUGUACUUAGAAGGAAGUGGGUGCUGUUAGGGCAGAGGGAGCUGCCUUUACUUUAGACAGAGCUAUGGCUGCUACUGCUCAGCUCAUGCACACGUUAAUUGGGCGUGUGCACAGGGACACCAGUUUAGCCCAUACACCUCUGUUGAUUUAAAGUACACAAUUACAUGCUGACUCUCUCCAGUGCUAGUGUGUGCACACUCCUUUUUGCCGGGAGCGGGGAAUCUCCUGCUUGGAAUAGCAAGCCCUCUUUUCUGGGAAAAGUACAUUGAUAAGUAUAUUCUGUUCUCUCUCCCCAACUGCCUGCCAUGGGAAGUUGGACAUACCAGUGGUUUCCCCAGCAUAGCCAUCCCACCCUGGCUAUCCCACCCACAGGGACUGUCUUCCGCUGUUAGCUCAGAGCAGGGUCUAGAAAUAGCACUGUGUUAGCAAAAUGAAAAAGCUCACUUCUUACGGUUUGCAAGCACCCUGGAUUGCUUGGCACUGCAGUCUUUGUGCACCAUUUGAGUACUUAAUGGGGAGAAAAUUGUGUCUCUGGCAAAUGCGACGGUCUGGAGUAGAGGAUUUCAAUCUCUGCUGUGCCUAAGAAUUGCUCAGUUGACCCAACUCUUCCAUCUUCCAUUAAUGGAAGCGGUGAAAAGGAAUGAGAUUCUGUACAUUGCAAGAAGAUAGCCUAAUAUCAUUAUUUCCCCCCAUCUCUAUGCAGUGGUAGAAAUAACCUGCUAUGUAUUUGUGAAAGUGGUAUAUAGACAAAAGGUUGUCUUUCUCUGAUCCUGCACUUUCCAAAGCAUUGAGAAGAGGGCUCAUGAGCCACUGAUAGAUGUAAAUGGAGCCUCAAUGUUCAGAGGCAGCCUGCCUGAUGAACCAGCAGGCAGGCAGGAGACCGGCAUUGCUUUUGAGCAUCCCCAAAACAUCAAACUGGUCACUGUUGAACUAAGUCGGGUCAUUGAGUACAACUGGGCAAUUCUUAACACGAACUGCACUGCAAAAACACUCCCUAGGGAAGAAGGGAGCAUGCUUGUACCCUGCGUUCUAAGUAAAUUUCUUGUCUUCCACCCAAGGCUAUGCAUAUCUGGUGUUUGAAUCAGAGAAAUCUGUGCGUGCUCUGCUCCAGAACUGCUCCCGUGAUGUGCUGAGUCCCAGUGGCCUGAGCGAGUACUAUUUCAAGAUGUCCAGCCGCAGGAUGCGCUGCAAAGAGGUGAGAGGAUGUGCCGCUGUGCAGUCCAAACAAAGCACCCAGUUGGGUGGCUAUAACCUCGUAUUGCUUUAUUUAGGAGCCAUGUAUUGCCUUCGAAGCGCUGGCAGCGGCCUCUCGUUCUCCAGGGUGACUUCUGCAUAGGCAGCUACCCUCGGUGAUGGGUGGAUUUGCUCCCAGUUAGCACAAAGGCUGAUUGUGCCAUAUGUUGCAUAGUUGUUGAUUCCAAACACAUGCAGCUUUUAGCUAGACAGGAAGAGAGAUAGGGAUAGAGAGUGGCGCAUUUGGAAAAGUGCUGGUUCUGAAGGUCUCUAAGCACAUGGUUUGUGUUGCCAGUGGGUCAGAGGAUGGGUAAUGUGUUGUGGAGUGUGAUAGAUGCUGGAAGAGGUUGCUUGUGACUCUGCGUUGACAGAAUUGGCAGCAAGGCUCCUCAUUGAUCUUCUCCAAUAGGAGGUCUUUGUUGCUGAAGGAUGGCUGCACAAGCAGUAAAACCAUGAAGAAUGCAUCGCGUUGCUGGUUGGCUUCUGCUUUCUUGCCCUGUGACAUUGCCAGUGGUGUGUGUGUGUAUUCAGCAUGUAUUGUAUAGUAUCAUCUUGAAGAUAGCUUCUUUAAAUAUUGUUUCUAGUGCCUGUGGUUGCAGAGAGAUGGCUGGAUAUGUGCUGGCAACCAGCCACAAAAAAAUUCAAAUAUUUUUUAUUUAGAAGACAUCUGAAGGCAGCCCUAUAUAGGGAAGUUUUUUUAAUGUUUGAUGUCUCACUGUGUUUUAUAUUUUGUUGGAAGCCACCCAGAGUGGCUGGGGUAGCCCAGUCAGAUGAGCGGGUUGCAAACACACCAGCAGGAUGCUCAGUCCCCCUUCUGUGUUUUAUUUGCAUGUCCCAAAUUAAGGGCAAGGUUGUGUUCUGCUAAGCAAACCAUCCCUAAGAUACUAGCACCACACAUCUAUAACAAGUUACCUCUGUCCCUAGUUGAAUUCAGGUGUUCAAGUGAGAUGCUCAAUUUAGAUGGCGUGACCCUUGUGAGAUUGGUUUGGGCAGUGCACAAAGGAUUAGGGCUACGACUACAUCUUGUGUUGCUCUUCAGUCACAUAUCUUGGCUCUACUAUACUCUGGGCAAGUGUUGCAUAAAUGUACUGCUUGCAAAGUAUUGUUUCCAUGGUGCAAGCAUAUGUUAUCACUGGGUCAUGCCAACCCUGCUGUUCACAGGGAAUGCGUAAUAAAUGCAGUCUUGAAGGCAGAAUAUGCUUUUAACUGCAUAGAGGAACUGAAUGGAAAGGAGACUGCAGCCCCCUUGUUAACAGGACACAAUAUUCGGUUGAAAUAGAGUAGUGAACCAGAGUGUACCAGAAUUGGGAAGUGGAAUAAAAGAACUAUUCUUUAGCCAUCUCUUGGCUUCCAUAGAAUCAUCAAAUAGUAGAGUUGGAAGGGACCCCAGUGGUCAUCUAGUCCAACCUCCUGCAAUGCAGGAAUCUUGGCUAAGGCAUCCAUGAUCCGAUGGCCAUCCAACCUCUGCUUAAAAACCUCCAGUGAAGGAGAGUCCACAACCUCCCAAGGGAGACCAUUCCCAUGUUGAACAGCUCCUACGUCCAUCCUCUGCUCAUGUUCCAGCUUGUCGACAUCCUUCUUAAAUUGUGGUGCCCAGAGCUAGGCAUUAUGCCUUCCACAACAGGGGUUUUGACUACAGUUCCCAUCAGCUUAGUUUGUGUCUCUAAUAGCUCAGAUCCCAACAGGGCACCUUUGACCAAAGGCCAGUUGUACAAAAGUCAGAUAGUCUGAAUGUAAGAGCAGCCAUUUGUGUGUUGACUCAGCGGUUUGGAAGGUUACAAUGAUUGAAGUGCACUUGGCAUAAGGGCAUGGGAAGACCAUUUGAGGUGCACUUAGAAAUAAGUUGGUUGGUUUGUUUUUCAAAGGGGGAGGAUACUUGGCUUGUGGACUCGACUCGAACACAGUUUUCUCUUGGGUGACUUCAGGUACAAGUGAUCCCAUGGGUCCUGGCAGACAGCAACUUUGUGCGCAGCCCCACCCAGAGGCUUGACCCUGGCAAAACAGUCUUCGUGGGAGCUCUUCAUGGGAUGCUCAAUGCCGAAGCUUUAGCAGGGAUCCUCAAUGACCUGUUUGCUGGCGUCGUGUAUGCAGGUAUCGACACAGACAAGCACAAGUACCCUAUUGGUAAGUGAGGCUAAUCAACGACUAUUCGUUCAUAUUCUGUUGGUUUCUGGGCCUUUUGGUGGUACCUUACCAUGGCCAAAAAUAGGUACAGAUGGUACCUUGUAAUUGAAAAGGGUGUUGAAUGGCUAAGUUGAAGACCCUGGAUACAGAGGCAAUUUUAGGGCAAUGCGAGUGGUGCGGUCGCACCAGAUGCGCAGCUGAAAAGGGUGCCUUCUCAGUGCUUGUCCACUUUGGGAAAGAGGCAUGAGGGCUCUGGCAGAGUCCUAGAGUCCUCCUACCUCCUUCCCAAAGCUGGGCAAGCACUUAUCAGGCUUUGGGACCGAGGUGGGAGGACUUUGGGACCCUGCCAGUGUCUCACGCCUCCUUCCCCAAGCCUGGCUUAAGCCAGUGCCAUGAGGGUUGUGGGAAGGGUGUCAAAUGGCCUUGCACAGGGUGGCAUAUUACUGCUGGGAUAGCAUGACUGGGGAAACGGUUGGUGGUCACUUUGAUUUGUAUCCCACGUAGUGCUAAGUUAAAGACCCUUGGUGGUUCCCUUGUUCGACUGGCAGUAUUUUGUGGCUUCGGGAUGGUGUUCUGCAAGACAGUGCAUGAGAAGGUUGUUGUUAAGUUUGUUUCCCAGCAGACUGCACAUUCUGCAAGGCAAUGAGUUUCUGCUAGCGCAGCCACUGCAUUUGAUUCCUCCGUUGUGCAGCGUUAAAACUCAGCCACGUGCUAGUGGACAGAGAACGCUGGAUAACAGCCCUUUAAACUGAACAGUUUCCCUCUGGGUAGGCUGUUCCAGCCAAAGACUUGCCUGCUUUGUAGCUUUUGAUCUCUGCCUCAGGUUAUCAUGAUGGUGACGGUAUAAAUCAGGGGUGGCUAACUUUUGCCCUUCCAGAUGUUGUUUGACUUGAUGGCUCUCAUCAUCCCUGGCAAUUGGCCAUGCUGGCUGGUUCUGGUGGGAGCUGAAAUCUUAACAAUAACUGGAGAGUCACAGGUUAGCUUCCCUUGCUGUAAAUCUAUACAGCAUUAUUUUGGCUUUUAACUUGAAAGGCUUUGAACCGUCCAUUCAGCACUAGAAGUCUCUUGAGUAUAGUUGGUCAAGAUGAAUAGGCAGCAGGCUGCUACUGGAAAUAGAUAAAUCUGACUAUUUCGGGCCAGUGUCACUUUCUCAUGUGUUUACCCAUAGUUUCAUUCUUUUUCUACAUUAAUCUGCACUGUUGAGGAAGUCUAAAUCACUUAAAAAAGAGUGAUGUAGCACUUAAGAGCUAGGACUUGGAAGACUCAGGUUCAAAUCUCCGCUUGGUUGUGAGAAUAAAGGGGAGAGGCGGGUCGCCUUGCUGCUGUCGUGUGAAAUCUGUUGGUGGCUAGGUUCCAAUCUACACAUUAGUCUGUGGGUUGCAGAUCAGGACGUUCCAUAUAGGAAUUUGCAAAGAUUGAAUUCCUCAAGCAUCCCUCCCCUCCAUUAACCUCUGAACCCACUCUCCCUCCCUGCUGUGGUAGACCUUGGCAAGCAAGUCAUGUUCGUGCUGACUCAUAAGUCUUGCAUUACUAUGCUGGUAGAUACGUAUCAGGAUCUUUCCCUGGAGCUGCGCACUGCACUAAUGGGCUGGGUUUUGUUUCAGGAUCUGGCCGUGUCACCUUCAACAACCAGCGCAGCUAUCUGAAAGCAGUGAGUGCUGCAUUUGUGGAGAUCAAAACAACCAAGUUUACAAAAAAGGUGAGAGGCACGAAAGGAAAAGACAAGCUCCUGUGUUGUGCUUAUUGGCAAGGAUCCCUAAAGUGGGUGCUGUUGCAUAGUCCCUAGAAAUAGAACAGAGAUUCUAGGUGGGAUAAAAUAUAUAUCCUGGGGGGACAUCAGCAGAGAGCGAGAGCUUGCUAGAGCUGGGAUGUGAAUAGGAAUUACCGUACUUUUCGCACCAUAACACUCAGUUCCCCCCCCCCCCCUAAAAGGUAAAGGGAAAUGUGUGUGCGCAUUAUGGAGCGAAUGCAGGCGGGAGGAGUCGCUCUUGCAGGCUUUUCGGAGAGGUGCCUCUCUUUCUCCGUGUCUGCCUGCAGCCGGCAAAAGCUGUGCGCAGCGUGUAAAAGCCAAGGUGGGAGAAGGGAGAGCCUCUCUUUCUCCGUGUCUGCCUGCUCUAUGGCUUUUUGGCGAGGUGACUUUAUAGUCUGAUGGGCUGACUGUAAUUCAAGCAAAGGGAGAGCCGCUUACACACAUGUAAGCGGCUCUUACUCUGCUUUCUUUACAAUGAGCCGGAAGGAAGGACAAAAAGGGCAUCCCCUCCCGUCCCUCCCCCAGCACCUCACCGGUAAAUUCAAACAAAGCGGCUUACAAGGCUCGUGUCCCUGCGUCUCCUCCUCCUCUUUUUGCUCCGGUUCGAGGCAAGGCAGCUGCACAAAUGUGAGCUUCCUUCCUUCCCUCCCUCCCUCCCAGAAUAUUUUUUUUCUUGUUUACCUCCUCUAAAAACUACGUGCGUGUUAUGGUCAGGUGCGUGUUAUAGAGCAAAAAAUACGGUAAACUAGUAGGACUUCUUCCCCUAAAUACUGAUUUCAGUAAGUAAGCAGGGAGCUGGGGGGGAAAUAGCAGAUAUAAGGCACGAGGAGUUGGGCCAGUGGUUCACCUAUCUCAGUACUGUCUCUUCCUGGCAGAGAUCUUCUUCCAGCAUUGCAGAGGAGGUUGGAUAUUCCAGGAAUCUUAGCAUCAAGCUUAUUAUAUGCUGGUUUUCCAAAGUGUGCUCUUAAGUAGCUCGUGGGAACAGUAAACAGAUCAAUAUAUAGGUGCAUCAGAAACAGUCAUAAAUACAUCAAACAUAUUUCAUAAUAUAUUUAUAUCCACACUAGCAAGCUUGUAAAGGCAUUUAUUUCAAGAAAUUCCUUCUAUGUAAAGCAUCCCUUUCAUAAUUUAGGAUUGCAGAGAAUAGCCGUGUUAAGGAAGCUAAGCUUCAAAACAUUACCCUUGGCUCCUGAUUAAAACCUUACCAAAGCAGCCCUGUUGUAAUAAGGCCUCAAAAAAGGGUGCAUUAGCCUCAAGUAAGCACACCUGGUUCUUCAUAUAACAGGCACCAAAAAGAGCGGUUUUUCUCCUUCCCGAGCAGCCUUUGUAGAUGGAGUCUGUGGCAGGCCCUCCCCAGGCCUGCAGAAAACCCUGUUUGAGCAAAGAAAUGGUGGGAGUAGAAGAGGCAAGGGCUGUGGCGCAGUGGUAGAGCAUCUGCCUUGCGUGCAGAUGGUCUGAGGUUCAAUCCCCCGCGGGAGGGACCCUGGAGAGCUGCUGCCAGUCAUUGUAGGCAAUUGCAAUCUUGAUGGACCAUGUGUCUGACUCCGGCAGCUUUCUGUUUUCCAAGUAAGCUGGGAAAGGGCAAGACCUCUCCUCCUCACAGAGGGGAGGUGUUGUGGGCGGGACGCGAUUUCUGCAUCACGCAGGGGGCGUUAUGCCCCCUGCCCCACUCACCUGGCUGGCGCGCCACGCCCACAGGUAGGCACCCAGCCGGGCGGCUUGGUGGGGGCAUGGUUUGCUGUUUAAGAUACAGCCGUGCCAGCCAUUCUGCCCAUUUUCUUCACCUUUUCACCGCGAGUCACCCACCCACCACUCCCUUAGGGCUUAGGGCUUAGCUUUUCUCUUGACCUUGCUAUGGACCUAUGGUUGGCCGCCCAGGGGGCCUGGUAGGAUUUUUUUCCAACUGGCAUUAGGCCUUUUGGGUUUUUUUGCCUACCUCGUAGCAAUCGUCACAACUUUCUUGGUAUUUGGCGGUUAGGCAUUGGAAUGUGUUGUUGGUGUGUGGAAGGGCUAGGUGCGGCCAUCGCCUACCCCUUCAAAUUUGGGUAUUCCGUUAAAGGAAUCCGGCGGUUGUGGAUCCUGUCCGAUGCCUGUGUGGCGGGGGGCCAUGGCACGACCCUCGGUGACAUCAGGGGAGAGCUUAUAGUUGUAUUAGCAUCAACAGGCUCCCCCUACUGGUGAAUAACCCCUCUUUAGGCUCACCCCUCUCCGAGUGGGUGGAGUCAAUCUUCCGUGGUCCAGUGUCUAAGCCAAUACCUUCUCACUUGCUGUAAUCAAUAAAGUUGUGGCCUUUUCUUGCCCACUAACCUUAUACACUGUGUCCACGUGUCUGUUUAUUCCUCAAAGCGGGGAUUGGGUCCUCGAACCACAAUCUUUUUCUCCUUACGCAGUUACUGAAACAAGUCUGCCAGUCAGCCUCAAACUGGCUUUAGUGCCUCAGAAGCCACUAUGACGAAUGUGUAUAAACAAGCCAUUCACUCUGGGAUACAUAUUAUGGGAGGCUGCACCUAGUUGAUUUUCAUGUUCCGUGCAGAGACCACUAUCCCGUGGUCCUCUUCUGGGGAAAGGGGCAGACUUCUCCAGUGGAUGAAAUGAAAGCAAAGCAUAGGCAAACUCGGCCCUCCAGAUGUUUUUGGGACUACAACUCCCAUCAUCCGUAGCUAAAAGGACCAGUGGUCGGGGAUGAUGGGAGUUGUAGUCACAAAACAUCUGGAGGGCCGAGUUUGCCUAUGCCUGCUUUAGCCAGAUGAAUCUGACAGUAGCACUGGUCUUCUUCAGCAUCAAGCCCUUGCAGCUGCUUUCGCAGAAGACUCAGAACUCUUUCAGCCUUUGCUCCAGCUUGUUUCCUCUGAAGUGCGUGCCCCCGUUUCUUCUUUCCCCCUCUCACCAUUAAGAUUGCACUGUGAACUCCAGCUGUGCUGCUUUGUCCCCUGGGCUCCUUCCCUCUGGCUUUAAUUUCCUUUCCUUGCCUCCGGGGCAGGUUCAGAUUGAUCCAUACCUGGAAGAUGCCAUGUGUCAGAUCUGCAGGUCUCAACCAGGUCCCUUCUUCUGCAGAGACCAGGUAAGGCUCUUAGGUUUUUCCCUUGUCCACCUUAGACCUGGUUGAAGGGGCAGCGUUUCCUACCACACCCACUCCUGUAGUGCACAGAAGAAACUUCUUGAGGGCUCCUUCCCCUUUGCCCCCUUUUAAAAUGUUUGCCCAUUUUCACCAUCUUUGGAGUGAGUGGAAGCUGCUCUGUUGCACAGGUGAAGCAGCUGUCGUUGGUGUCCUGUGUUCUGUAUAAUUAGCGGGGAGAAGGGCUGUAGCUCAGUGGUAGCAUGCGUUGCAUGCAUGCAUGCCAAAGGUCUCUAGUUGGAUCCCUGGCAUCUCCAGAUAGGACUGGGGAAGAGUCCCUCUCAUAAACCCUGGAGAACUACUGCCAGUCAUUGUAAACAGUACUGACCUAGAAAGACGAAUCGUCCAACGCUGUAUAAGGCAACCUCAGAUAUUCCAAAGGAACAGCAACCAACGUAGAUGAGAACAGUCUCCACUUGCCCAAGGGCAGCCUCUUUUCAACUUCUUGGCAGGCUUUUCAUGGAUGAAGAGCUGGAUGUCUCCCUAACUCCCAGCCCAAACUUUUUGUUUUGUGAUGGUAGGAGGCAAGCUUUUGGCGUACGUGUCUAGCAGGUGUGGGGAACUUCUGGCCCUCCAGGUGUUGACGUGCAACUCCCAUCAUCCCUGACCAUUGGCCCAUGCUUGAUGGGGCUAUUGGAAGUUGUUGGCAUCCCUCUGUCUCGAGAGACAAUGGAGUGCACCUCCAGGGGUGAAGUCAGACCGCUGCAUAAGCAGCACCAAAGUGACCUCCCCGGGGCGUAAGCCUGGGCAGUGUGUCUGGAGAUCAUCUGGGCAGCCCAGGACAAGGCCCCCUGAUACGGUCCAAAGAAAAGCAGAGCAAUGCAUUUGGCACCAGCUUUGCUGCAGCAAUUGCCAGGAGGCGCCAUUCAAGGCGCCAUCCAACCACCUUAGAAGUUCCACUCUGGAUAUGAGUAUGGUUUACUCCUUUGCCUUCUCUCGCAAGGCAGCAGAGGUUUGGGGUCAGGGUUAUCCUUCUCCUAGAUAGCCUUGGAAAGGCAGCCUAUCUAUAAUCCAGGAAAUUCAGGUGUCUUAACCCUUCUGUUGUUGUGCUAUAGAGAUCCUAGCAGUGGGCAGCUCCCAUGUCAGAACUUCCUUUUGGCAAAAUGCCUUCCUAGUAUCUGUCCACACAUUUAGUAGGAGAUUUUUGAAUGUGCUCUAAUUAUCUGAUCUCUUGAUAAAUUGCAUUCCAGAAUAAUAAGGUAACCUUGUUGGCGUUCCAGCCAGAGAUUGAAAUAAGUUCCUUUUAUAUCCCUGGGGUGUGGGUGGGUGGGUGUAAGUGUGUAAGCAAAAUUCUAUAAUCUUACGGUUAAAACCACCCCACCACCCCGUUCCUGCUGCAUGUCAGAGCAUUUCAUGGAGCCAGACUGAUGCUUCUUGAUCCCUCUCUGUCUCUUCCCACCCACCCACCCCUCUGCAUAGGUCUGCUUCAAGUACUUCUGUCGCACCUGCUGGCAUUGGAAACAUUCCAUUGAGAUGUUGCAUCACCACCGCCCACUGAUGCGCAACCAGAAGAACAGAGACUCCAGCUAGAGCAGAGGUGGGGGCACCAGGAGCCACUGCAGUCGCUGCAGGAGGAAGUUCUCCUGUUCACCUGCCACCAGAAGAGAGCCCGGAGAUGUUUGCCGGUGCCACACCCAGGCUUGGGGUGCCCGUCGGAAGGACUAACGGGGAAUCUUGCCUUCACGUUUGCACUUGCUGGUCUUUAUUUGUUUCUGCACUAAUGCACAGUGAAUUUUUUUUUUGUCGAGGGUUUGUUUGGGGAUUUUUUCAGAGGGGAGGGCCCCUCAAAUGAUUCUGCAGUUCCCAGACUUUGGUUCCUUGUUGCUGCUGAGAAGCGCCAAGGACCAUGUGUUGAGAAGGUGUUUAAUGCAGAUGCCUUCGCCUCGGUUUCUUAUUUAUCAAGGGCCCUUUUUUAUCUUCCUUGCAAUACUGAUGGUAAUAAUGCAGGUCUCAUUGGCUCAGUUUUUUUGCAGUUGCCAUACAGUGCCUUUCCAUUCAUUUAACCCCCCCAUCUGAACGGAAUACACAGAUUGUUCAGCUGGAGUUUUUUACUGUAACAACAAGGAGACUUUGUUCUUCACUUAAACCAAAUCAUAUUUCAUAUUUUACGCUCCAGGAUUUUUACCAGUUCCUUUUUACACUCUUGAAAUGGUUUUUAAGUCGUUUGAGACGAGAUUUUUUUUCUUUCCUGGCAGCUUUUAACAUCAUUGCAACUUGUGUCUGGGAGCUGUUCAAGUUUAAAAAAAAAAAAAAAUGAAGUUUGCCAGUUGUGAAUAGCAGUAUUUGCAACCCAGAAGGAUAGGAUUUUUGGAUUUUGAAACUGGACCGGAUAAAUGGAACUUCGAGCUGCUGUAUAUAGUUCGUUGCACUAAGGGGGCUUGAUAAAGGUUUUUAAUCACAAAGUUCCAAGACUUCAAUUUUCUUUUUAUAACUGAGCUGGUUUAAAGGGCUGUGCUUUAGUAGGAGCCCUUUUCUGUUCUGAGGAAACAAGAGGGUACCCUUAAGGAAUGUAGUCGAGCCAGCAGCACAGCCCAUAGAUUGUGCUGGGAGUUGAAGUUUUGAUUUUGUUUUAUUAUUUCCCCUCUUUUGGAAGCUGUGUGCCAAAGAACCAGUGUCCUAAGUUCUCCCUUCUUCCUGCUGAGCUGAUGUUGCAUAUUCCAGCUGCUCUUUGUGGGGUUUUGUGAAGCAGUAUGUGAAGUCUCUACCUCAUUGUAGUAUAUGCAGGCAAGACUGCACUCUCCUACAGAUGCGUGGAGUAAGCUGUGAUGUUCUUGGCACAUAAUAAACACGUUGCAGCAAA